AUGGCUGCAGCCGCGGGCGAGGACGGGCCCGGCGCGAGGGCCUUGCUGGCGCUGCAGCGCGCCGCGCCCUCGCCGCCGCUGCCUCCCGGGGCGCCCGCCGCCUCGCCUCCCCAGGUCCCGGGGCCGGCCCCGAUCCCGCCCGCGCUGCCCCUGGCCGUGCCGUCGGCCCUGGCGCGCCUGCAGGGCCGCGACGUGGAGUUCGUGAUGCGCCAGGCGACGGUGACCAUCGGGCGCAACUCGUCGCAGGGCGCCGUGGACGUGAACAUGGGCCGCUCCAGCUUCAUCUCGCGCCGCCACCUCGAGCUCUCCUUCCGCGCGCCCCACUUCUACCUGCGCUGCCUGGGCAAGAACGGCGUCUUCGUCGACGGCGCCUUCCAGAGGAGGGGAGGCCCGGCCCUGCAGCUGCCCCCGCAGUGAGUCGUGGGAAUGGGCGACACGCGCGCGGGCAGGCUGGCGUGUGGGGAUUUGGGGUGGGAGGACAGGCGUGCAAGCUGCGGGGUGGGUGGGGCUUAGGGAGACACGCGGGCAAGUUGGGUCGUGAGGAUGGGGCUUAAGGAGACGCGGGUGCAGACUGGGUCGUGGGGAUCUGGGUUAGGGAAGCAUAUGCACACGCUGGUUCGUGGGGAAGGGGGUUAGGGAGAGGUGUAUAAGCUGGGUUGUGGGGGGGAUGUGCAGGCACACACACGUGUAUAGGCUGGUUGUGGGGAUGGGGGCAUGGAAGACCUGCAUGUAGACUGGGCCAUGGGGGUGUGGGAGAUCCAUGUGUAAGCUGCGUUGUAGGGGUGAGCAUUAAUGCAACCCACAGAUGAGGUGUGUUGAGAAUUUGUGGUGGUGGGAUGUUAACCCACGAGGGUUAACACCCUCAACAUAAACACCAUAUACACCUAGGCAGGGGAAACCACGCAUGCGCAUGAACAGGUCCUGGGAAGAGAGGUUGUGGGAGGGUGAAGGAAGGGGAGCCCCCUUAGGGUGUUGUAGGGGGAGCUUAUGCGCAAAGGGGGUGCCAGUCCUGAGGGGGAGACCCACAGGUGUCCCUUGUGUUUAUUGGCAGGGAAAACCCGCGUGUCGGCUAAUGGGUCUUCAGAAAGAGAGUUGAGGGAAGAAAAUGAGAUGCUUAUGUGCGCGCGUCUAUGUGUAUUGUGUAUUAAUAAAUGGGUUUUGGGGAAGAGAAUUGGAGGACCGCAUUUUGAGGGAGCAGGGUUAUUCUUUUGAAAUCCCACCCCACCUGGAGUAAGGCAUCCCAGUUUCCCAGAGACAGUCCCUGGAUUUACACCUCAGUCACCUGACAAAAUCCAUCCCCAUCAACAGAAGUUGAAAAGUGUCCCUGGAUACAUUGAAAAAAAAUCUGGUAACCUUAAUCUGGAGGGGAAACCCACAGGGGUGUGGGGGAAGACUACUGACUACCUUUCAUGUGGGGAGAAGAGAAGGAAGCCGAGCCCCACGUUGAGAGUACAUAAUAAUAAAAUUAUUAUUAUUGAAAGUUUGCAUGUGUCAGUCUCACAGGUCUUCAGAAAGGGAUCCCCAGCCUGAAAGUUAUCCUGCGGGCGGGUGUAUUUUUAAUUUUUGAAAAUAUUUACAGGCUGCCUUGCUGGAACAAAUCUGCCCAAGGUGGCCAACGAAGGAGAAGCAUUAAAAAAAGAAAAGAAAUCGACAUUAAAAUAGAAUUCAGCCGCUGUGUGUGUGUUUGACAAGGAGCGCUUGCAUGUGGUUUGAAUCGGUCUUGUGAAGGGGGUGAGGAACAGGAGGAAGGAAACUUUCGCACGUGGGUUUGGGUGUUAAGAAAAGGGUGUUUGUCGGGGGGGGGGGGAACCCGUCUGUGGGAGUGAAACCCCAUGACUCUUGUCAGGUGGAGUCACACGUGGGUUUUACGGGUCUUGGGAAUGGGGGCGGGGGAAUGGAAGGGCGUCCCCCAACAGGCCUUCCGUGUGGGUUUCCCCCCCUAAAAUAAUCUCAUUAAUGGCAAGCAGCCUUGGAAUAAUUUGUAUGCUGAAAGGCAGGAUGUAAAUAAUGGCAAAUCAAGAAAGUCCGAAAAUAUACGGACUUUUAAAAGCGGGGUUUGGGGGUCUUGGGAAAGGGGAACCUACUUGGGAGGGGGAAGCCCUGGAGGGGGUCGACGUAGGAGGGUGGGUUUGCGAGCCGUGGUCAAGGGGAACCCCCUCUGGGGUGGCAGUUCUUGAGAUGCCCCUUCUGAAUUCUGAAGGGGAACCCCGAACUAUUUCUGCGUUUGUGUGUAUUUUGGCACGGAAAACCCACACCUACUCUAAAGGAAAGAUGUUGGGCUUGGAAAACUGGGGGGACGAAAGAGAGUCGAGUGUGGGUUUCUGCCUUGAAAAGGGGGAACCCCAUAAGUGGUUUAAGGUGUGGAGGGAAGACUUAUGGGUUUGGAGAGAGAAAAGGGAUCUUUCUCUGAGAAAGGGGAACCCAGGUACCUAGGUGUGGGUGUCUCCAUUCGAGCAGGGUGGGGGGAAAGAUCGCUGUGGGACAGAGAGGGAGAAUGUUGGGGGCAGGAUCCCCCAUCCUAGGAAUGAGUUGGUGAGCAAAACUCGGAGCGUUCUGAUCUCAGGCGAAUUUCCCCUUGCGGUCAUCUGAUAAUUAAUAGAAUAAACUAGGUCCCAGAGCUGAAUUGUGCCCACUGAGAAAUGGGUUUCCUUGCGCCUUCUGCCCUGAGAUGGGCAAGUAGGAUCUGCGAGCGGCACUAAGUUGGCGAUGGGAUGGAGGCCUGCCUGUCCGCAUGGAAACCCGGCUCUCUGCAGUUGCUCCGUGGUGGAGGAAAUGGACUCUGCGCAUGCCUCAGAGCCCUCUUGUCUUGCUGCAUGUUCCGGGACGGAGUUUGAGCAGGUUCUGAGGCGGGGUGUUGGUUGAGACAAAUAGGAAAUAAUCUGGGUUGGCGAUGGUCCGUCAGCAGUAAAAAGAAAAAUGAUUAUGAGUGGAUAAGUACAGAGUACAGGAAAAGCGUUGGAAGAUGGAGCUCUGGGGGACGGAAUCAUCCCUAUCGAUCCCUGAAUCCGCCUUGUUUGUUCUCUUAUUAAUUUCUUUUCUUUUGAAAUGGCUCGGGGCUGCGGCAGACUUGCAAGGCCCAGCUCCCUCAUCUUAAAGGUGAUUCCUCCUGGGAUGGUGUGAGAGAGAUAGAGACAGAGCCUGCCUUCUUGGGUGGGGGGGAGCAGGCAGGACGCCCUGGGGUCAAAUUGGGGAUUUUGAGGAGGCAGAUGUCUGUUGAGCUCCCCGUCUAAGCAAGACAGUGGGCCCUGAAGCAGAUGUGUGGAAAUGGGGUUCCCCUCAAAGAGAAGGUUAUUUUCAUUUGAAACGCAUUGGUUAAAGCUGAAUUUUGGCGCAGAUGUUCAUUUCGGUGCCCUUAACUCAUUGUCGGAGUUUUAAGGUCUACGCAGCUCAUGAUGGCUGUGGGGCACCAUCUUGAAUUGCGACGCACUUGCAUCUCUGACCGUUUCUGCAAUUGAGAGAUGAGUUGCAGUGAUGGCCAAACUCGGCCCUCCAGCUGUUUUGGGACUACAGUUCCCAUCACCCCUGACCACUGGUCCUGUUAGCUAGGGAUGAUGGGAGUUGUAGUCCCCAAACCCCUGGAGGGCCAAGUUUGGCCAUCGCUGAUUAGAGGGACCCAAACUUACAUCUGCGAUAAAUUUCAGCGCUAACAGAAUAAUUUCAAACAAACCCACGAAAAGAGUUGUUUGUGCUGGGAGACAGUGAGACAAGCCAGAGCUUUGUGAGCUAGCGGAUGGAAAUGGCAGUUUUUAUCUAAUGAAGCCCAGAGACCAUAUGGACAUGUGAAAGGGAAGGAUUCUGCCAUCGAAGCAGGAGAUGACUUCUUUUCCACGACCUGCUCCAGGCAAUCUGUGGCGAACGCAGUGGUUGCAUUCGCAGGUAACGGUAAACCAUGGUUUAGCAUUGCACGGACAAGCUGCAGGAAGGGCAAGUGAAAUGUUGGGCUUGUGCAUUUCCCGUCCUCCCAAAUUGGCUGGCAUGAUGGGCUUUUGCCAAGAUUAGUGCCAUUUGCGGAGAAUAUGGUGUCCUACCAAUGCUGGCUGACAACGAACUCCGGUGAGUUUAAAACGUGCCAACUUUGAAACCAGGGGGGUAUGAACUUGGUUUGUUUAACCAACUAGCAUCCAAGAUGGGAUUCAGCCGGCAUUCUUUGAAAGCGAAACUAAUCUCCCCAGAAACCAUCCCGGCUGUGUGCUUAGGAGGAGAGGGGAAGGCGACUGCCCAGUGUUUACUCAGUGCACCGUUUCCAUGUUCUGUAAACCAUGGCUUGCAAACGCAGCUGGGACUUUUGGGGCAAAGAAAGGAGAAGGACCUGGAGGAAAGUUGAAGUAGGAAAAUAAUGCCUUGGGGAGCAGCAGGGCAAGAUGGAGAAGCCAGUUGUUUCUUGGACUGAAGAGCACAGUUGGUUAGCCCUGCUUAAACCGUAAAUGACAAUACUCCCGAGUUGGGCUGGGUUUCUCUGCACCAUGGGGGAGAGAGAGAGAUUCCUGAGGGAUAUUGGCUUUCUGGGGGGUGAGGAUAAGAUUCCACUGAUGGAAAAAGCAGAGCGACAGCUGUAGGCCUACCACAGGGGCAAACUUUGCCAAAGGAGAUGGAAAGCACCUUGGUCCACAAAGAACGGACGAGUUAUGCGCGUGAACAUGUUCCUCUUUCUCCGAUGCUGCCAAGAUAAAGCAGCCUUCAUCCGUACAAAAUCACAGUCCCUUGUUGGUUGGUUGGUUUUCCAGUAGGGUACCCAAAUCAUGGCCUAGGAAUCCCACUUGGUCCUGCAAGAGCGGAGAAGAGGCUUUUGAUGGAGGUUGGGGGUUAGAGGAGAAGCUGCCUCUUCAUUCGCUGCAGCAAGAUGAUCCGGGAACCUGGUUGUUGAUAGGGAAUUCUCCGCUAGUGACCAGGGUGCAAGCAAGUUCCUUCUCGACUUUUCCUGCACAGCCAUGACAUGCUCUUGGAUUGCGUUGCGCAUCAGUGUCGCGUUCCACCCCAACAGGGGCAGGCCCAUUGCAGUGGUUUCCAAACUGUAGGCCAGGAAACCUCUGGAGUUCCUUCAAAGCAGGGUGCUCCCUUGUGGCGCUGGAUUGUGGCCUUCAUUCUGCUCCUCCCUGUACGUUUUUCCGUAGUGUCGACAUGACACUUUCCUCCCUUCCCUCGCCCCAUUCAACCUACGUUUACCAUUUCUGCAUGCAUGCUUUAAAAAGCUUCCUGGGCUUUUUUUUUUUUUUUUUUUUUUUGCAGUAAUGGUAAAAUCCGGAUUAAAUGGGGAAAUUAUAUUGCGUUUGGAGGAAGGCGGCAUGCUGUGGGCACUGUGGAAUCUUAGACUUUUAGAAGGGACCCCAAGAAUCAUCAGUGCAGGAAUCACAGCUAAGUUGUGCGCCCCGGUUCAUUCAGGGCAGUGACAAGACCCAAAACGUUUGGCACGUGCUUCCUUUGAGCCCAGCGUGUGCCCAGGGACUUGCCCCAGAAUCUUUCCUCUUGUCUGUGUUUGCUACUGUUGUGGACUGGAGGACAAGCGCUGAUUCUGUUGUUUGAUGCAGAAAGGGGUUCCUUGACAGCAGAGAGGGUUGUUGUCGUUUUUUUAGGAAAACCCCUGGCAUAGUGGCAUGAAGUGUCCAUCUGUCAAAAUGCCACUUUUGAACAUCUCCCCACAUGCACAGCGUUGCUUAGAUGUGCCAUUAUUCUAAGGUGCCCUAAAACUUGAUAUUCUCCAUUCUGGGGGUGGAGGAUAAUGCAAUUUCUCUUCCUCCCCGCAGACCCAAGGGCACGACUCUUGCUCACCAGCCUCGUAUCUAGCAGAUCCGUUGUUUUUUUAAUAAGUUGCUUUUUCUGCCGGCUGUUUUCCUUGUGUUUAGUAAUUUCGUUAUAAAUCCCAAGCCACUUGCUUCCUCUGAGGCAUUUGGGCUUUGAAAUGUUUUCCUUUUUCGAAGGCGAUACCCUUCGACUAUGUCAGUAUAAUUAAUUUCUGCUUGUAAAACAAGCAGCCUUCUCUUUUCCUUUCCCCUCCGAUUCCUUUUCUCGGGGAGCUGGGGGCAUUCUUGUACUUUUCCCAUAAGCUCUUGUGUACCUUGUUAUUUCGUUUACCGAAUUGCAGUUGUCGUUGCCAAAUGGAAAGAGAGCGAAAAGAGACAGCCUCUCUCUCAUGGUUGGAGAACUCCUUUCUCCUUCCAAGCACUUAAAGGAGAGGAGGUCUUAAUGUACACUGGCUUACAUGCUGCGGGGAACCCUGAACAAUAAAAUGUCUUCUCGGCCACUGUUUAUGAUCACAGUAAAUAAACGGCACGCCCCUCCCUUUCUGAGUUGUAAAACAGAUGAUGCAACUCUCCCCCCCCCUUUUUUUCCUGAAUGGAAUUUGCCCUCCAGUUCCUGCAAAGUAAACAGUUCCAGUUUUUCCUGUGUUCUUUAGGGCACACGAGCAUUUAGGCCUCGACUGCAGAAAUGUUUCUUUGCAGCCUUUAUGUUCCCUCAGCCGCAGAUGGUUUGCGAAAUGAAGUUUGCUCGCCUCUUACUUGCGAGGAGAUCGGCUGAUGCAGAGUAAAUUUGUACGUUACCUGUUGCAUCCAACGCUGGAAGGAGGGGGGGGGGAAGCAGCGUGGGAAUUCAACUCCGUCACUUUUUAGGUUCGUCAUGUGCCUUCGUGUGUGUGGCUUUUGUUUCCAGAUGCCACUCACAACAACGCUUUCAAGGAUUUUUGCCAGGAGAAGGAGGAAGGAGAGCUCUCUCGGCUGCAACGCCCUUCUCGUAUGCUUCCCAGAGGGAUCUGGUUGGUCCCAGUGGGACACAGGAUGCCUUGCUGGGUGAGUUCGGGACCUGAUCCUGCAAGCCUCUUCCUGUGCUCCCGAACGCCGUUGCUCGCUCAUCAAGCAGCAGCAGAACCAACUCUUAAUGUGCUUUAUGAGUAGUUGUACUCUUAAAAAGCAGAGACAUCACCUUGCCAACAAAGGCCCGUAUAGUUAAAGCUCUGGUUUUCCCAGUAGUGAUGUAUGAAAGUGAGAGCUGGACCAUAAAGAAGGCUGAUCGCCAAAGAAUUGAUGCUUUUGAAUUAUGGUGCUGGAGGAGACUCUUGAGAGUCCCAUGGACUGCAAGAAGAUCAAACGUAUCCAUUCUUAAGGAAAUGAGCCCUGAGUGCUCACUGGAAGGACAGAUCCUGAAGCUGAGACUCCAAGACUUUGGCCCCCUCAUGAGAAGAGAAGAGAAGACUCCCUGGAAAAGACCCUGGUGUUGAGAAAGAUGGAGGGCACAAGGAGAAGGGGACGACAGAGGACGAGAUGGUUGGACAGUGUUCUCGAAGCUACCAGCAUGAGUUUGACCAAACUGCGGGAGGCAGUGGAAGACAGGAGUGCCUGGCGUGCUCUGGUCCAGGGGGUCACGAAGAGUCGGACACGACUAAACAACAACAACUAGUAGCAUUUAUUAAAUUUGUCUGCCACCCUUCAUCUGCAGAUCUCAGGGGGGUUCACAACAUAAAAAUACAAUAGGAAAACACAAAAUACAUGAUAAAAGCAAGGACAACAAUAAACCAAUAGCUCACCUUCCCACAAACACAUUUAAAAGGGAUAUAAGAUGUUAAUUGGCCAUAGGCUUGGUUGAAGAGGAAUAUUUUUGCCUGGCGCCUAAAGGGGUCUAAGGAAGGUGCCAGGCGAGCCUCCCUAGAGAGAGCAUUCUGCAAGUGGGGAGCCACUGCAGAAAAGGCCCCGUUCUUGUGUUGCCGCCCUCCAGACCUCUCAUGGAAGAAGCACACAGAGGAAGGGCCUCUGAAGAUUAAUGCAGAGUUGGGAUGGUUUAUAUCAGGCAUAGGCAGACUCCGGCCCUCCAGAUGUUUGGGACUACAGUUCCCAUCAUCCCUGACCACUGGCCCUGUUAGCUAGGGAUGAUGGGAAUUGUAGUCCCAAACAUCUGGAGGGCUGGAGUUUGCCUAUACCUGGUUUAUAUGGAGAGAGAUGGUCUCAGAGGUAUCGCUUUCCUGAGCCAUUUAGGGCUUUAUAGGUUCCAACCAACACUUUGAAUUGGGCUCAAAAAUGAAUUGGAGGCCAGUGCAGUCAGGUGUCACAUGUUCAAACUGUCUUGUCCUGAUGAGCAGCCUGGCUGCCAAAUUCUGCACCAGCUGAAGUUUCCGAACUGACUCCAGAGGCAGCCCCAGACAAAACGCAUUGCAGUAAUCUAACCUCGAGGUGAGCAGAGCAGAGAAGUUGGGCUAUCCCUGUCCAGACUGGGGCACAGCUCGGCCACCAGCCAAAGUGAUGGAAGGCACUCUGCGCCACUGAGGCCACCUGAAAAUAUAAGCGUUAUGUACAAUUCACUGCAGCUCUGUGACAUAAGCGAUUGCUUCCUUUGCACAGCUUGGGAGUCAGAGCUGAGAGAGAGGUAGGCGAAGACUACAUCGUCGCAUAACGGCCGGUGGCAUCUUUGCAUUUGCAAGGACUGCCGUUCAGACUCUGUGUCACCCGAGCCAUUUUAUGCCCCCGUGACGAAGGAGGGAUUUGAACCCGAGUCGGGCAAUUGUAUCUCCAUGGAUGAUGCUUGUUUUGUACUGGCAUCCGCUGGCUGUGUCUCCCUGAGAAUAUUUGGCCCGGUUUGCAAAUUGGCAAGUUCCAUACUUCUGGCACAAUCUUAAUUCCUCCGGCUAAAUAUUGAAUAUGAAAAUAUUUAAUAUCGUUAAGGGGAAGAGCUUGUAGCUCAGUGGCAGAGCUUCUCCGUUGCAAGCAGAAGGCUGAGGGAGACUCCGGCCUGAAAUCCCAGAGAGCAGCUUCCAGCCCGUGUAGACAGUACUGAGCUACAUGGAACAAUAGUCUGCUUCAGUACAAGGCAGCUUCCCAUGUUCCAAACCCCAAACCCUACACUUUUAUUGCUAUGGGAAAUACGUCCUGAAUCGUACGCGCACUUGUGAGAUGUUGCAAGCCGGCCAUUUCUGUUUCAAAUAGAAUUCAGAGUCUGCAGAAGUAUACAGUGGUACCUUGGUUUACAACCAUAAUCCGUUCCGGAGGUCCGUUUGUAAGCCAAAACGGGUUGCUUACCUAAGGUGCGCUUUCACCAAUGGGGCCUCAAAAAAAAAUUUGUUUUAAUCCAAAAAAAAAUAAAUGCGUUGUAAUCCAAAAAAAGUUUGUAAACCAGGACAUGCACUUCCCGAUUUGAGGUGUUCGUAAUCCAAAACAUGCAAACCAUACUGUUUGUAAACCAAGGUACCGCUGUACAGUGGUACCUCAGGUUAAGUACUUAAUUCCUUCCGGAGGUCCGUUCUUAACCUGAAACUGUUCUUAACCUGAAGCACCACUUUAGCUAAUGGGGCCUCCUGCUGCUGCCGUGCUGCUGGAACACGAUUUCUGUUCUCAUCCUGAAGCAAAGUUCUUAACCCAAGGUGCUAUUUCUGGGUUAGCGGAGUCUGUAACCUGAAGCGUAUGUAACCUGAAGCGUAUGUAACCCGAGGUACCACUGUAUUUGAGAAUUGCUCCACAAGUCUGAAUUAUUUGCACACACAAAAAGUGGCAAAGCUUUAGGAAGGGUGCCUCGUAUGUCCCUCUCCUCUGCCUUCUAAUGUUUAAAGUUUACAUUGGCUUCAUUAGGAGAAUGCCAUUAUUUUGGGGCCUUCCCUCCUGGAAAGAGUUGUGCCUCUGGAUAGAGGAGAGUUUUUAUAGCUUGCUGGAAACUUCGCCGGGUCUCCUGUGUUGCUUCCACGAGGGUUUAUGCUUUAUGCUCUGCUUCAGACAGAAUGUCGCCGGCAAGGAAUAGGCUCGUCUUUCGCAGCUGUGUCGUUUGCAGGAUUUGUGUCCACUUCGCAGAUGAGACAGCGCAACUGUGAAAAAUAAUUAAAGCACCAUCGCACAGGGACAGAUUGGGAGGCUGUUUCACAGGGGUCAUUGCGAUCAGGGCUAAGCAAGCUCAGCUUGAAGGCAGGUCGUGAAGUGAAAACACAGAUGAUUAACCAGAAAUGCACUUUCUGGUAGGAUGACGCUGUCAGUUCUUGAAAGAGAUCUGUUUCUGUGACGUGCAGCGAGCAAGGAGUUUCUGAGAAUCCCAACUUCCAUUAACCCUCAUUCCCACCAAACACACCGAGAAGAUCCUGGCUACUUUUGCUGCAAGGAUAAAAUAUGUCAGAGGCCCUGGAACCAAAAAUAGAGGGAAAGCAACAACAAAAGCUUCCAGACAUGGGGGGCUGCCUUCAGAUGUCUAUGAAAAAUUCUAUAGUUGUUUAACUCUAUAUCAUUUGUAGAUUUGUGUGGAAGGAGCACACAUAGUGCUCCUGAACUUAGAUCGUAGAUUGCUGCAGUAUGGACUUUUUCUUUAAAAUGGGGGGUUGGCUGGCUAUCCGCUUUCUUGACCCAAACUGGUGACCUCCAGGCAAUUUGGACUGCCAUUCCCAUCUGCCUCCAGCUAGCAUGGUGGGCACCAGGUUGCAGAAGGCUGCUGUAAAGGAAGCAGGUACCUAUUUAUCUGCUUGCACUGGUGUGCUUUCGAACUGCUGUAGGUUGGCAAAAGCUUUCUAUGCAGGGAUUCAAAAAGAUACAGACGAUAUUGUUAACUGCUGCUUGGGUUUCUAACCUGUCCUUCACAAUAGUGCCCCGGGACUGGUUGCAGCGAUGUAAAAGUGCAAGCAUUAAAAUUAAUUAGAACAAUUUGCAAACAGAAGAUUAGGGGAGGUCCUGUGUGUGUGUGCAUCAGGAGUCAAAUGGUGAAGAGGCUUCAGCAUAUGAUGGAAGCAUAUGACAGUGCAGGUACGAGGCACACCUGUGCCAGAUUUAUCUUAGGGCAUUCCUUACUCCCAGGCCACCAUAUUGAUGACAUUGCCAUCCUGGGGUCCUUAGGGAGGACGGGUGUGAUAUUUGCAGCAAUAGCAACAGUGGUAGUAGCAGCGAUAACUAUGCAAAGGCCAGUUUUGCAAGCCAGAGCUAGCCUCGUAUUCCCUUUCUUUACGGUGUUGACAUUAAAAAGCAAGUAUCUGAAAGCCCAAAGUCACUCAUGCAAUCUUCUAAUUUGCAGGGCUGAGCUCUCGUCGUUGCCAAAGGCUUGUUGUGGCUUCUGCGCUCUUGUGUUUUGAUGAUCUCACAAACCACUUGGACGCUCCAUUCUUGCGGUUAAAACAACAUUAUCAGGAUGUGUGUGUGUGUGUGUGCAUUUGUUUUUGUGCAUGCCCAGGGUAAGAGAGAACAGCAAGGCCCGCUCUCUGAGGAACUACUUUCACCACAUAACCACCAGUGCAAAACCAGAGCUGUUUCUUACACACCUUUUUCCUAAUCACAAGUUCCUCUGCUGUUCUGUUUCCUACAACUACACAACAGAAGCUCAAGUAGCAAAAUUUCAAUCAUCUUCCAUUUCCCCUCCUUUUAAGAUGCGUCUGUGUCUGUUAAAACAAACCCACGAGACGUAUUCCAGCCAUUAGCUUUUGCACCGCUGACUUUGAUGGAGAGCUAAGCAUCGACUUAAAUAUUUCUGGCGGUAUCGGUGGGGCAUAAAAGAGCCUAAUUCUGCUUGGAUCGUUCCCCGUGUUCUUAGAGGUGCACCCUGCGAGUGCAUUUUGCACUUUGCCAUGGCUGAGCUCUUCUAAAAAAUCAAGCCAGAUUUCUGCCCCGAAGUGCUUACAGUGUGAGCUUUGACCAGGUAGGUGUAGACCAGGGAUGUCCAACAGGUCGAUCGCGAUCUACUGGUCAAUCCCUGCGAGCUUUUGGUUGAUUGCAGUCGAUCGCUGCCCCCCUUCUGGCCCUGCCACCUCGCCCUGCCCUCCGUUGAUAGAGAACGGAAGACGUAGUUUACAAACCAAGGCCGUUUUCCCUCCAGCGAUCCUUCGGUGAGUUGCUGUUUCUCUUUGACCCCAAAAUAAUGUAAAAAUGUUGUGCCCCCCCAAAAGCUAAGCAACUUAUGCCUACCAAACCCUCCCUAAAGAAAGCUCAACAACUUUGACCUGAACCCCUAAAAAACGGGGGUAGAUCACUGUUUUAAUUCUAUGAGUAGAUCACAGUCUCUUGGAAGUUUGCCACCCCUGGUGUAAACAACAGAGGGGUCUGGCUGUCUGAACGUUUAAAAACUGUUUUGGAAGAGGAUGGCCCACCUUUUCAGACAGAGCAAGUGAGGAGGAAGUCCUGUUCAUGUUUUACGCUGUGUUUUUAGACAGAAGACGUUGUAUCGUUAUUUCUUUGCCUGGCAGCAGCUUUUAUCCUUGUUUUGACCAUUAUUUAUAAAGUUUAGGGAAGCUUUAGAGCAGCCUUUCCUAACCUGACACCUUCCAGAUGUUUGGGACCACGAUUCCCAUCAGCUCCAGCCAACACUUGCAGGGCCUUAUGGGAGUUGUAGUCCGAAAACUUUUGGAGCACAGGAAGAUGCCCUAGCUAGAGCAAGGUGGAAAAAUGUGGCCGGCCACCUUGAAAGUGACGUACGUGCCCAGGAAUGUGAAAUACUUUCUCAAGUAUUAUGCAGAUCUUGUCUUAUAGGAAUCUGAAGUAGUUUGUUUCCUAGCCCAGUCCUGGAGUGGGGGCUUGAGGAUGACUAUCCAGUGCAGCUUGAUUAAGCUGUGCUCCUGUUAGCACGAUCCUAGCUCUCAUUUCAUUUGGGUGCAAGAAAGGGGAGUAACUCUGCAACCCAAAAGCAUUGGUGGGCAGGCAGGGGGAUUGCAAACUAUAUGCAAUCAUUUAUUUUGAAUAGGUUUAUUCCAACCAUAGUUUUUUAAAGACAGAAGCUGAUUUUGCCCAUGCAGAAUCUUAGGGUUGAGCCAUGACACCUAGGAAAUAAUCGCCACAUUUCAACGCAGUGUGUCUGUAAAUAUUUGGUGUUAGGGGCGACUACAGUGGUACCUCGGGUGAAGUACUUAAUUCAUUCUGGAGGUCCGUUCUUAACCUGAAACUGUUCUUAACCUGAAGACCACUUUAGCGAAUGGGGCCUCCUGCUGCCGCCGCGCCGCCGGAGCCCGAUUUCUGUUCUCAUCCUGAAGCAAAGUUCUUAACCUGAAGCACUAUUUCUGGGUUAGCGGAGUCUGUAACCUGAAGCGUAUGUAACCCGAGGUACCACUGUAUUAGGGGCAAGGUGCCUCUGUGCCCUUCUGUUCAGGGAAGUUUUUAAUGUGUGACAUUUUUAUACAUUUUUAAUCUUUGUUGGAAGCCGCCCAGAGUGGCUGGGGAAAUGCGGCCAGAUGGGCAGAGUACAAAUAAUAAUUAAUAAUGAUAAUAAUAAUAAUAAAUAUUAGAAUCAUAGAAUCAUGGAAGAGACCACAAGGGCCAUUGAGUCCAACCCCCUGCCAAGCAGGAAACACCAUCAGAGCACUCCUGACAUAUGGUUGUCAAGCCUCUGCUUAAAGACCUCCAAAGAAGGAGACUCCACCACACUCCUUGGCAGCAAAUUCCACUGUCGAACAGCUCUUACUGUCAGGAAGUUCUUCCUAAUGUUUAGGUGGAAUCUUCUUUCUUGUAGUUGGAUCCAUUGCUCCAUGUCCACUUCUCUGGAGCAGCAGAAAACAACCUUUCUCCUCCUCUAUGUGACAUCCUUUUAUAUAUUUGAACAUGGCUAUCAUAUCACCCCUUAACCUCCUCUUCUCCAGGCUAAACAUGCCCAGCUCCCUUAGCCGUUCCUCAUAAGGCAUCGUUUCCAGGCCUUUGACCAUUUUGGUUGCCCUCCUCUGGACACGUUCCAGUUUGUCAGUGUCCUUCUUGAACUGUGGUGCCCAGAACUGGACACAGUACUCCAGGUGAGGUCUGACCAGAGCAGAAUACAGUGGCACUAUUACUUCCCUUGAUCUAGAUGCUAUACUCCUCUUGAUGCAGCCCAGAAUUGCAUUGGCUUUUUUAGCUGCUGUGUCACACUGUUGGCUCAUGUCAAGUUUGUGGUCAACCAAGACUCCUAGAUCCUUUUCACAUGUACUGCUCUCAAGCCAGGUGUCACCCAUCUUGUAUUUGUGCCUCUCAGUUUUUUUGCCCAAGUGCAAUACUUUACAUUUCUCCCUGUUAAAGUUCAUCUUGUUUGUUUUGGCCCAGUUCUCUAAUCUGUCAAGGUCGUUUUGAAGUGUGAUCCUGUCCUCUGGGGUGUUAGCCACCCCUCCCAGUUUGGUGUCAUCUGCAAAUUUGAUCAGGAUGCCCUUGAGUCCAUCAUCCAAGUCGUUGAUAAAGAUGUUGAAUAAGACCAAGACAGACCUGUGGCACCCCACUAGUCACUCUUCUCCAGGAUGAAGAGGAACCAUUGAUGAGCACCCUUUGGGUUCGGUCAGUCAGCCAGUUACAAAUCCACUGAGUGGUAGCAUAGUCAAGACCGCAUUUUACCAGCUUCUUUACAAGAAUAUCAUGGGGCACCUUGUCAAAUGCCUUGCUGAAAUCAAGGUAGGCUACAUCCACUGCGUUCCCUUCAUCUACCAGGCUUGUAAUUCUGUCAAAAAACGAGAUCAGGUUAGUCUGACAUGACUUAUUUUUCAGAAAUGCAUGCUGACUAUUGGUGAUCACAGCAUUCCUUUCUAGGUGCUCACAGACUGUUUGCUUAAUGAUCUGCUCCAGAAUCUUCCCUGGUAUUGAUGUCAGACUGACAGGGCGGUAAUUAUUUGGGUCCUCUCUUUUCCCCUUUUUGAAAAUAGGGACAACAUUUGCCCUCCUCCAGUCUGCCGGGACUUCGCCUGUUCUCCAGGAAUUCUCAAAGAUGACUGCCAGUGGUUCUGAGAUCACAUCUGCCAGUUCUUUUAAUACUCUUGGAUGCAGUUCAUCUGGCCCUGGAGACUUGAAUACAUCUAGACUAGCAAAGUAUUCUUGUACUAUCUCCUUAGUUAUUCUGGGCUGUGUUUCCUCUGCUGAAUCAUUUGCUCCAAAUUCUUCAGGUCGGGCAUUGUUUUCUUUAUCGGAGAAGACUGAGGCAAAGAAGGCAUUGAGGAGUUCAGCCCUUUCUGUGUCCCCUGUUUGCAUUUCACCAUCUUCUCCUAUUAUUAUUAUUAUUAUUAUUAUUAUUAUUAUUAGCUUCCCAGUAUCAUCUGGGGUGGGGGGAGGGCCAGCCUGGAAGUGGAAUUAUAAGUGUUGGUUCAAUUCAGUGAUGGAGCUGUUGUAAUGUUCUUCUGCACACAGUUGUUGGAAACUGCAGGAACUGGAGGUAGCCAAGCUUGGAAUAUUCUUUAGAGGGAGAGAGCGAGAGCUUUUCGGUAGCGGUUAAAUGAUUUUUCGGAACUGGGCCGCUGUUUCUAGCCGUCUCUGUUUGUUCUGGGACGGACCUCUCCAAAUGCCCAUCACCACAUCAAACCACCGGGGUGUGUGUGUGUGCGCGCGCUAAUCUUCUUUUGGAGCUGCCUCGGUCUCUUGGCCUCUGAGCCAGCAGCGUCUGUGUGUUCUUCUGUUUGUGGAGCCCAAAGGAUGCUGUAUCCCGAAAUCCGCUCACAGAGCCAAUCCCUGUCUGGCUUACAGCUGCACACAUGUGGAGGAGCCAGCUUCCUGUCUCCAGUUCCAAGUGGAAAUGUGGACUCUGCGGUCGAGAAACAUGCCUUGUGUGCUUUUGAGCAGGCGCUGGAGAAUUUCCCCUGCGCUCCCGUUGCCUUGUUAUGUCAAAGGACGUGGCUCCGAGCCGCUCCUGGAUGUGAAGAAGACCCAUUGAAAUCAGCAGAUUCAUGCUGUGUGAGUCAAGGAGUCCCCUUGAUAAUGUUCAACUUUUAAGAAACCCUGGGGGUCAGAUUGCUUCUUUUGCAAGUUGCCAGUGCAAAUGGGCUGAUAAUAAAUCAGCUUCUCCUUUGCAAUAAGAAGAAGAAGAAGAAUAGCAAAAAUUUAUUAUUUAUACCCUGCCCAUCUGGCUGGGUUUCCCUGCCACUCUGGACGGCGUCCAACAAAAUAUUAAAAUACAUGUCAAUCUGUUCAGGGAUAUACAUGCCAGUGUUAGAAAUUCAUAUAUAUAUAAGCUAAUUACCAAAUGGCGCCUUAAACCUAGCUUAUGGUCCCCCCAAUGGAAUGUCUAGUCACCUUUUUUUUGGCAGUGAAAUGAAUUAUUACUGAUAUUAUUCAUUUAAGUUCUUUAUUAUUGUUCCUGUUAUAGUUUUAAAACAUUUAUUCGGAAGUUACAAUACAGCUUUCUUCACCGCCAUAUCUAAACAGGCAGAUUUUGCAAGGAAGAGUAUUCUGGAUUGGGUCUGUUUUGGAAAUGAGAGGGUGCAGCUGGAUUGUGGGGCGGGGGCAGGUUUUUCAAGUCUUCUGUCUGGGAUGGAGCUUUUUUUAUUCGGCUAUUUGAUUUUAAAAAGUGUGUUGAAGUAGGAUUCCUUAGUGAAAAGUUCCUUUGAGCCACUCAUGUCAUGCAUGAAUAUUGUUAAAACAAUCUGGCGGAUGAAUCCACAAGAACGGCGAGUUAAAAUUACCGACAAAGAGGUCCCCCAUUUAGCCGGGUUAGAUGACUGGUUUAAAAGGGCCCUGGGGGGAAGAGAGAGUGUCAAAAGUUCUGACCAGUUGCUUUGAGGAUAUUCUUGAGCCGGGAUCGCUUGUAAUUCUAAACCAUGGUUUAGUGUUGCUUGUAACGCUAAACCGUGGUUUAACGUUACACAAACAAGCCACGGGGAGCCUCAGGAUUUUGUCUGCAUCCUCCUCUUCUGCUUGCAUUUUCGUUGGAGCAAAGUUUCACGUUGUGUCAACAAGAGACCAUCUGCAAAAGCACAACAAAGCUUUACUUCUUGCUAAUGUAAGGCGUUAUGUACACGUCGAUCUUCAGGCGAAAUUGGUUUAAGUCUUUGAAAACACUCCUACAGCACAAUAUUGAGCCUGUUUGCCCGGAAGUGAGUCCCAUGGAAUUCAUUUGGACUUAUUCUACAGUAGUAAUGCUUAGGAGUUCAGCCUUAUCUUACUAAAUUGUGCCUUGGUUUGAUUCCAGACUUGCUCUUUCCAAAGCACGCCUUCUGCAUUUCUGCAAAGCGGUAGUGUUUGAGACUGACUUGGAGCUAGAGGGUGGGGGGAAGUUUUCAAUAUAUAUGCCCAGGUCUGUCUCCUUGGAUUGAAGAAGCCAUUGCAAGUUUACGCAGCGGACAGAAGCAAUUCCCAUUCGAAUUGGGUAUGUACAUUUGUGUCGAUGGCUUGCAAGGCAGUAUUGGCUUGGAAAGCGAGUUAGGGCACAGCCUAAGCUUUUAUGAUGGUUCUUUUUUCUAUUAUCUGUGAAGCCUCCUGCACAUCAAUCUCCUGUUUAAAGACCGCCUCUGGAACGGUUCAGCGAAGUGUGCUUGUACAUUCCUUAUGGCGGUUAAUUUCUUAUGAGGCAUACACUUUUAUUAGGCAUUAAAAGCGGGGUGGUUCUCCCCCCCCCCAAUCUUAGCAGGGUAAUUAAUAUUUCAGGUAGUUGCUCAGUUAUUGUUUCAGUGUUACUUCAACUGCAUCAUCCUGCUGAACCCCUCUUUUGUGCCUCGGUUGCUCUCACCCCAGGUACUUGGUAGAGUAGGGCAAGAUAAAAAAGCGACAGCAUUGUGUAGUGGUUAGAGUGGGAGACCAGGGUUCUAAUCUUCGCGUGGCAGCGUUUGAAAUUUCCCAAGCACAUUUUGCACCUGGCUAUCUGCCACUUGCGACCAAGUGAAGAUGUCUAGGCGCCAAGAUGGCAGUGAUCUUUUUUUAGGGAGCCAAAGUUAUUGGACUUUUUUCCGGAAGAUUUAACGGGGGUCCAAAGAUCGACUAUCGACCAGGGACAUCCCGCGAUUAACCAGUAGAUUGCGAUCGACCUGUUGGACAAGCCCGUGUUAUGGCAACCGCAAUCUGGGUUUAAGGUGCCAUUUGGCGAUUCGCUUAUAUACCUGAGUUUCUAGCUCUCCUGCCUUUGCUACUGUUGAUCUAACCCAGGGGUAGGCAACCUAAGGCCCGGGGGCCAGAUGCGGCCCAUUCGCCUUCUCAGUCCAGUUGCCCAUGGACGGUCCAGGAAUCAGCAUAUUUUUAUAGAAUCAUAGAAUCAUAGAGUUGGAAGAGACCACAAGGGCCAUCGAGUCCAACCCCCUGCCAAGCAGGAAACACCAUCAGAGCACUCCUGACAUAUGGUUGUCAAGCCUCUGCUUAAAGACCUCCAAAGAAGGAGACUCCACCACACUCCUUGGCAGCAAAUUCCACUGUCAAACAGCUCUUACUGUCAGGAAGUUCUUCCUAAUGUUUAGGCGGAAUCUUCUUUCUUGUAGUUUGGAUCCAUUGCUCCGUGUCCGCUUCUCUGGAGCAGCAGAAAACAACCUUUCUCCCUCCUCUAUGUGACAUCCUUUUAUAUAUUUGAACAUGGCUAUCAUAUCACCCCUUAACCUCCUCUUCUCCAGGCUAAACAUGCCCAGCUCCCUUAGCCGUUCCUCAUAAGGCAUCGUUUCCAGGCCUUUGACCAUUUUGGUUGCCCUCCUCUGGACACGUUCCAGUUUGUCAGUGUCCUUCUUGAACUGUGGUGCCCAGAACUGGACACAGUACUCCAGGUGAGGUCUGACCAGAGCAGAAUACAGUGGCACUAUUACUUCCCUUGAUCUAGAUGCUAUACUCCUAUUGAUGCAGCCCAGAAUUGCAUUGGCUUUUUAGCUGCCGCGUCACACUGUUGGCUCAUGUCAAGUUUGUGGUCAACCAAGACUCCUAGAUCCUUUUCACAUGUACUGCUCUCAAGCCAGGUGUCACCCAUCUUGUAUUUGUGCCUCUCAUUUUUUUUGCCCAAGUGCAAUACUUGACAUUUCUCCCUGUUAAAAUUCAUCUUGUUUGUUUUGGCCCAGUUCUCUAAUCUGUCAAGGUCGUUUUGACGUGUGAUCCUGUCCUCUGGGGUGUUAGCCACCCCUCCCAGUUUGGUGUCAUCUGCAAAUUUGAUCAGGAUGCCCUUGAGUCCAUCAUCCAAGUCGUUGAUGAGUACAUGAGUAGAAUGUGUCCUUUUAUUUAAAAUGCAUCUCUGAGUUAUUUGUGGGGCAUAGGAAUUUGUUCAUUCCCCCCCUCAAAAAAUAUAUAUAUAGUCCAGCCCCCCUCACAAGGUCUGAGGGACAGUGGACCACCCCCUGCUGGAAAAGUUUGCUGACCCCUGAUCUAGCCUGAUGAAGAGGUGUUGGGAAUUCAAAGACUCGCACACUGUUUUUCAAAUUUCAAUAAAUGCAUUUUCCCCUUGUGGGUCUCAGAGCAUUUCCCAAAGGCCAGCGCAGCUACCUUUUGCUUUUCAGCAGCUUUGCCAAGGUAGUUUGGACUAACUGACUUGUGAAUCAGGCUGUUAGCAACCUUUACUCUAUUUAAUGGUUAGUUAACUUCCCUCCAUGCUUAAGGGGAGUGGAAUGAGUUUGUGAGCUUGAGAUUUCUCCUAUUUCUUGUUGUUUUUUUUACUCCAGGGCAAAAUUGCUGCUUUUUUUGAAACCUAAGAUGUUUUGGGGGACCUCUGAGGGAGAGCAGCUGCUUCCUUCAAAGAAAACUUUGCGGUGAUGAAUGGCCCAUUAAGAGAAAGUUGAUGGCCUAGCAAGUGUAAUUUGCAUAACAAUUAAACCAGUCUGGUGUAUCCAGCAAAGAUGCUAACACAAUGCCUCUCCCUUGGAGAUUUUGCUAUUAAGCUACUUUAUGAACUGGACUCUUUAAAUGACUGUGUUUUCCUCCUGAAAAUGCCUGAGGACUUUAAGGGGGGGGCUGUACAGUAAUAAAAAAGUGCCCCGCCGCACACAGGAGUCCUUAGGAGUACUGUAUCCAAGAAUAUUGUUGCAAUCCAGCGCAAUAUCUGAGCGGCAUCAGCUUUUAGGCAGGUGUUGGCUUCCUUGGAAGGAAGAAUCAUAGAAUCAUAGAGGUGGAAGAGACCACAAGGGCCAUCGAGUCCAACCCCCUGCCAAGCAGGAAACACCACCAGAGCACUCCUGACAUAUGGUUGUCAAGCCUCUGCUUAAAGACCUCCAAAGAAGGAGACUCCACCACACUCCUUGGCAGCAAAUUCCACUGUCAAACAGCUCUUACUGUCAGGAAGUUCUUCCUAAUGUUUAGGUGGAAUCUUCUUUCUUGUAGUUUGGAUCCAUUGCUCCUUGUCCGCUUCUCUGGAGCAGCAGAAAACAACCUUUCUCCCUCCUCUAUGUGACAUCCUUUUAUAUAUUUGAACAUGGCUAUCAUAUCACCCCUUAACCUCCUCUUCUCCAGGCUAAACAUGCCCAGCUCCCUUAGGAAGGACAGUGGAAGGAGUGGAGCUAUGAUUUGAUAUUCGCCGCUUCUGUGCAUGCGCGUGACAUCAUUUUGCGCUUCGUCAGAGGCAAACGGGCAAAUUUAGCAGGGGAUCAAAUCAUAGCUGUGGAAAUCAUAGUGGAAGGACAGUGGAGACUGUGGGGUCUUCAUGAUAUGCGGUUUAGUCACAUGCAUCUACAACCUGAGCCCAAGAUGGAGGGGCUCAUAGCAUCAGCACCCUAAGAGGGCCUUGAUUCUCCCAUCGAUCCGUCAGAAAUCAGGCAUGGCUCUGUCUCUCAGCUGCCUGGCUUACAGCCUGCCUGGAUCACACACAACUCAAUUCUAACUCUUCUAACUCCCAGACAGUUGGGGGGGGCACCCAUUUUCUCUCUAGCAUAGAGCCAUUCCCUUUGUUCCCUUAAUGACCCAUAUUUGGUGGGCCACUACCAGGCUGGCCGGGCUAUUCCAGCAGUUGAAUCUGUGCUGGAUCCAGGUAUUAAAAGGAGACUCAGGCAUACAGCCCCCCCCCCCCCCGAACUCAAAACAAUAUUAUGUACCCUCCUUGUUGUUCUUUUUGGGUAGAAGAGAGUGUCAUCCGAUCUUAGUAGGUUCUGGGGCAAGCAGAUGGGUAAUAUCGUUGGGUUGUAGCCAACUACGUUUUACUUAGAGGAGGCAUGUCCAAAGUCCGUUUUGGGGGCCUAACCUUAGGAUAAAAUUAUACUUCAACCCUAAAAAAAAGCUCAAUAACUCUGUUCACUUCAUCAAAUCUGGCCCUCUAAAACAGUUUGGGCACCCCUGACUAGUACAGUGGUACCUCUGGUUGCGAACGAGAUCCGUUCCGGAGGCCUGUUCGCAACAUGAAAAGAGCGCAACCCGCAGCGACGUGUCUGCACAUGCACGGGUUGCGAUUCGCCACUUCUGUGCAUGCGCGUGACAUCAUUUUGCGCUUCGUCAGAGGCAAACGGGCAAAUUUAGCAGGGGAUCAAAUCAUAGCUGUCAACUUACAGAUUUGAAAAUAAGGGACCAGCAGCCUUGAAAAUAAGGGACCAGCAGCCAAAAUAAGGGAUUUUAGUCAACCAGUUCAAAGGGGCCAGAUAAUUUUGGAGAGCAGCGCUGGUUUUUAGCCCUUCGUUUCCAGAGGUUGUUGCUCAAGACACCAGCCGAUGAAACACUGCAAUUAAAUAACUACAAGCAGCAACCACUUUUCGCGCAAAACGAAGUCCAAGCUACGAAGAUGCUGCUGCAGUUCUGUAUCUUCAGCUCUCAAUUCCAUCAAGCGGGGCGGGAGGGGGGGGGAGGGAAAUAGCGCCUGAAGUAAACCCGCAGAUCAGACCAUCUAUGCUAGUCUACCACUACAAACCUAUGGGAGAAAGGCUUGCGGUCCUUCCCUUGUAGCCCUUGGAACACCUGCCCGCGCCUCCGCCUCCUCCUCUUCCUCCUCUCUCUGAACUGCUUUCUCUGGUUGCCCUCGCUCUCCUCUCAGGACUCCUCAUCAAUUCAUAGACCAUGCCAGGCUGCCCAUCUCAUCCGGGUCCUUCGGUGGCACAGCCGCAGUACGGCCUAGCGGGAGUGGUGGCGAUGGGCAGAGGGGAGGCCCCAGGCAGAGACGCCCAGUUCGGCGGCCGUGAGGAGGAUGGAGGCGGAAGGGCCCGAGGCUCCCGCCAGUCUCGGCGGGGAGGGGCUCCCGGGGGCCGAGGCUGGUGAGAGGAGGCCGGAGGGGGGCAGGGCGGGCAGCCAAGCAACACAGUUGGAGCCUCCCUCCUCCCUGGCCAGCAGGGAGGGAGGGAGAGGAGCUGCUUCCUUUGAAACCCGGGAAAUUUAAGGGACAUCCAUCAAUACGGGACAGCAGUGGGACAUGGCGCUGGGGUAAGGGACUGUCCCUCCAAAUAAGAGACGCUUGACAGCUAUGGAUCAAAUACUUCGCCCCUCAAUGUAAAUGUACAGUGGAACCUCGGUUCUCGAACCACUCCGUUCCCGAACAUCAAAAACCCAGAAGUAAAUGUUCCAUUUUUCGGACGCGGCUUCUGGUCUUCAAAAAGCCUAGCUGUCAGCCAAUUGGAAGCCGCACCUUGGAAUUCGAACGUUUCGGAAGUGGAACGGUCUUCCGGAACGGAUUACGUUUGGCUUCCGAGGUUCCACUGUACUAAAGGAAAUAUUUGCAGCUUGGAAGAGAGAGAGAGAAGUCCCUAUCCGCCGGAGAGUUGGGUUUUACUGACACACACAUCCCUUCUCAUUUUUGAGCCUCUUGCACUCGUCUUCCGCCUGAGCCCUGCCUCUGCUCUUAUUCUCGGGCUUGUUGAAAUCUGUUUAUUAUUAAACACUGUUCAAACAGCCGCUGUUGAGAUGUAUUGACACAGGAAGGUUGGGAGGCAGAGUACAGAAAGCGAUAUCACCCAAGCACUACGCCAUUACUUGCUUACAGAGGAUCAGAUUAUUUCCUGGCUCCCUUCAGGGCUGGUGCUGCGCUGUGGGGUUUUUUUUUUAAAAAAAGACUCUUUGUUUUUGUUUAGAUCCCAAUGGAUGUCCUUAAGCAAGAUUUCCUUUCUCAGUCUCCCUGCCUCCUAAAUGAGGCACUCUUGCACCAACAGAUUUGUUGUGAGGGUAACUGAGAUAAUGUGGUACAGAAAUCGUAGGUGGUCCAUUGGGGGCGGGAUGUGUGUGUCCAGAAGGUAGAUAGGCAUCUGCUAGUGUUUUGCAUUUGAUCUCCAAGGAUUUCUGACCCCCUCCCCCCAUUGUUUUAACCAUAGCAAAAACAUUUUUUCUUGGAAACUCAGUUGAUAAAAUGAAGCGAGCUUGUGGGGAAAACCAGGAGUGGAUUUUUGCAUGGAAGAGCUGGGAGCUCAGUUCUGAGAACAAACCCCUGCUCAGAGGUGGCCCUAGCAGGUGGGCCUCUGGGGUCUCUCUAGGGCGGGGUGGAGGAAUAGAUCCUGCGGACUUGACACCCGUCUACGUGAGCAGUGGUACCUUGGUUCUCAAAUGCCUUGGUACUCAAACAACUCGGAACUCAAACACUGCAAAACCAGAAGUAAGUGUUCCGGUUUGCGAACUUUUUCCGGAAGCCAAACGUGCUCCCGUUUUGAGUGUUAUGCUUCCAAUUUGAGUGCCACACUUCUGUUUUGAGUGUUACACUGGGGUCUGUCUGUUUUUGCUAUUUAUUUUGGGUUUUUGCUUUUGUGGCUCUUGUUUUUGUAACUGUGGAACCCAGUUCAGCUACUGAUUGUGCAACUGCUGUACAUUGUUUAUUGCUUUCAUUUUAUGGAUCAAUGGUCUCGUUAGUUGGGUAGGAAAAUUCAUGUUAAAUUGCUGUUUUAGGGGUUGUUUUUAAAAGUCUGGAACAGAUUAAUCCACUUUGCAUUACUUUCUAUGGGAAAGCGUUCCUUGGUUUUAGAACGCUUUGGUUUUGGAACGGACUUCCGGAAUGGAUUAAGUUUGAGAAGCAAGGUACCGCUGCAAUAGCUUUGCAACGCUUUGGUUCAGUGACUACCAUAGUUCCAUAAACUCAUCUCCAUUUUACCCUACCCUAUAAAAAGCACCACUCAGAACAGCAGUUUGCAUUCCGCGUUAAGGAAGAUAAUAACACAAUAAAAUUCAAAACAGUCACAGUUCAUUGCACAUUUAUUCAAAAUCCAAUGAAAACUAUUUAGGUUAACUAAUUCAAUGACAGGGAUGAACUUGAUCCAGUGAUAGCAGCUUUUCAAAGUCCAGCACCUCUGGGGCACUCCGUUGCCUCUUAGCACCUGCCUAGCAAAUCACACCAUCCCCAGGGAGAGUACCAACUGCUUUUGGAACCAUUGCUUUAGUUCUUGCCAACAAAUUAUCAUCAUCAUCAUCACUCUCUGCCCAUCUAACUGGGUUGCCACAGCCACUCCGGGAAGUUUCUAACAGAGAAAAAACAGAAUAAAACAUCAAACAUUAAAAAUUUCCCUAAACAGAGCUGCCUUCAGAUGUCUUCUAAAAGUCAGAUAGUUGCUUAUCUCCCUGACAUCUGGUGGGAGGGCGUUCCACAGGGAGGGUGCCACCACCGAGAAGGCCCUCUGCCUGGUUCCCUGUAACCUCACUUCUCCCAGGGAGGGAACUGCCAGAAGGCCCUCGGAGCUGGACCUCAGUGAACGAUGGGGGUGGAGAUGCUCCUUCAGGUAUACUGGGCUGAGGCUGUUUACGGCUUUAAAGCUCAGCACCAACACUUCCCUCAUAACUCAGAACAGUGAACGAAGAUGCUCAAAUCGUCAGCAGCUUUGAUGAUUGUGCUAAUUCUGAAAACAAAUGAGCAGACUGUUGUUGGAGGUCCACAGCGUUUGGGUGGAGGCCAACUGGAGAGUUGUGGUUGCCGGGUCCCAAGGUUUGCCAAGGCAAAGUCUUGACCUUGACCUCCUUUGGGGCUUUUGACGCUCAGUACUACAUCGCUGAAGAAUGGAUGCUUUUGAAUUCUGGUGUUGGAGAAGACUCUUGAGAGUCCCAUGGACUGCAAGAAGAUCCAACCUCUCCAUUCUGAAGGAAAUCAGCUCUGAGUGCUCACUGGAAGGACAGAUCCUGAAGCUGAGACUCCAAGACUUUGGCCACCUCAUGAGAAGAGAAGACUCCCUGGAAAAGACCCUGAUGUUGGGAAAGAUGGAGGGCACAAGGAGAAGGGGACGACAGAGGACGAGAUGGUUGGACAGUGUUCUCGAAGCUACCAGCAUGAGUUUGACCAAACUGCGGGAGGCAGUGGAAGACAGGAGUGCCUGGCGUGCUCUGGUCCAGGGGGUCACGAAGAGUCGGACACGACUAAACAACAACUACAUCACAGAGAUUGGAGCUGAGAAGGUGGUCAGAAGACUCUUUGGUGCUCGGAGAUGCUCUCCAACCACCUCUGAAGGGUCACAAAGCCAUUGAAAAAAUGCCCUACCCCCUAUCCAGAGGAUGCUCAAGUUCGGGGGGGGGGGUUCGUUUGUAACGUUGCAUUUCAGAGAUGAUUAGUGUGCUUUAGAUGCCCAGGGGAACUGUGACUCUCAGGUUCCCCCACCUCCAUCCCACAGUCAGGAAGAAGGAUGAGAGUCUCAUUACGUUUCCUGAGAAGAGUGGGGCAUCUGCCGUGGCAAUUACUGCGAACCUUGAAAUGGGAAUCUUCGUUCUCCUGCCCUUUGUUCUCCGUCCUGGUUCUUUGCAAGGUGAUGGGCCUGGAAACUGGGUGCUCUUCUGUUUCCUUGGCUAAGGGGAGCUCCUCUGUCUUCACCAACCGGGUGCCCUCCAGACAUUGCAGUCCAUAUCAUCUGGCGGGUGGCACUGGGUUGGCAAAGGUUUUACUGGGGGAAUGUCUACAUCAGGCAUAGGCGAACUCAGCCCUCCAGAUGUGUUGGGACUACAACUCCCAUCAUCCCUAGCUAACAGGACCAGUGGUCAGGGAUGAUGGGAGUUGGAGUGCCAAAACAUCUGGAGGGCCAAGUUUGCCUAUGCCUGUUCUACAUUUUAUGAACGAUCGCAGGCCUGGCAAUGCACCUCUUUGCCUAUGAAGUUUGGGUCCUGUAAUUCUGCAAGAGAUUCCUUGGAGCCACUGUGGCGGUUGAACCAAUAGCACAGAUACAGCGUGUGGCUCUUUGUGGGCUCUCGGACGUCAGCAGACGCCGUCGCUUGCAUCUCUUCAAAGAUAACUAAAAUGAGGUUUCAGUAAAUAGGUCAGCAGAUUUUUUUUUAAAGCUUAUUUUUAUACACUUUCUUAAAAGAGGCAUUAUCCUUUCCCUCUCAAGUAGGAGGCAAAUUCUCUCCUAAGAAAGCCUGCAGCCUGGAUGCGUCACCCUAGUUUGAUUCUCGCUUCGCAGCUAUUGUGUUUUACUUCUGCCCAACUUUUAAUUGAUCAUCUAAAACUCCUGUGCUCAGCCUGAGAUUUAUUUAACUGAGGCAGGCAGCCCCCAUUAUGUUUUGACAUUGUAUUGUGUUGCUCGCACAGUCUUGCAGCGACCCCAAAGUGCCAGUGAAAAUUGGAGGCAGCUGCUGGGUUGGGCGCAGGAUGAUAUAUUUAGUCUAGGAACUCCUCCUUUUUUAAGGGCCUGGGACAGGGGUAGUUUAUCAUCCUUCAGAAUAUCCUUCAGAGCUCCUUUUCUGUCCAUAGCCUUGGGGAACGGGGAGGAGCUAGGCAGGAAAUGCAGAAAACAUUGAGUACAGUCUUCACCAGUCUGGUCACCUUCCAGAUGUUGUGAACUACACUUCCCAUGAGCCAAUGCAUUUGGGAGUUGUAGUUCAGAACUCCUGAAGAGCAGAAGUUAGCAAAGGGCGAUCUAGCGUUUAUGUCGCUGUUAGGUUAUGAUACAUAGGUGUGUGUGUAGAUCGGUAUAUAAUUAUUAACAACUCUGCAUCCUAAAAAAUAUAGAGUAUGGUACAAAUGUAUGUGCAGGGAUAUAUCUUUAUACAGUCAAACCUCGGUUUUCGGACGUCUCGGCUGCCAAACGUUUCAGAAGCUGAACGCCGAAAACCCGGAAGUGAAUGCUUCUGUUUUUGAACGCGCCUUGGAAGUCAAACAGCUUCGGAGGUGCGUUUUUCAUUUUCCCCCCAUUGACUUCGCUGCCAGCCAAUUGAUGCUCAGUUUUCGGACAUCAGAAGUCAAACCGACUUCUGGAACGGAUUACAUUCGAAAACCGAGAUUCCACUGUAUCUAUAUCUCACAUAUAUAAUACACACAGAGAGAUAAUAGACUGUGUGUGUGAUAUGUGUGUGUUUUAUGUAUAUAUAUCAUAUAUAUAUAGAGAGAGAGCACGCAUAUAUAUGUGUGUGAGAUAUAUGUGUGUGUGUGUGUGUGUGUGUGUGUAUAUAUGUGUGUGUGUGUGUGUGUAUAUAUAUAUAUAUAUAUAUAUAUAUAUAUAUAUGGACGUGGGUAGUGCUGUGGUCUAAACCACAGAGCCUAGGGCUUGCCAAUCAGAAGGUCGCGGUUUGAAUCCCUGGAACGGGGUGAGCUCCAGUUGCUCGGUCCCUGCUCCUGCCAACCUAGCAGUUCGAAAGCAUGUCAAGUGCAAGUAGAUAAAUAGGUACCGCUCCGGCGGGAAGAUAAACGGCGUUUCCGUGUGCUGCUCUGGUUUGCCAGAAGCAGCUUAUUCCUGCUGGCCACAUGACCUGGAAGCUGUCUAUGGACAAAUGCCAGCUCUCUCGGCCUAUAGAGCGAGAUGAGCGCCACAACCCCAGAGUCAUCCACGACUGGACCUAACAGUCAGGGGUACCUUUACAUACAUACAUACAUACAUACAUACAUCUAUCUAUCUAUCCAUGAGAAACACACACACACAUCUAUAUAUAGAGCGAGUACAUAUAUCAUAAACACACAGACACACACACAAACAAACAACAGUUUAUUUGCAAAUAAGAACAAAUGAAAUGAGCAGAAGCCAUUGAAAACUGGAUUAAGAAUUUCAGGUGAGCAAAGUCGUGGCGAAAUAACCACAUUCUGAGCUGGUGUCUCACUCGCAGCAAAUUCAGUGUGAGCUGGAUUUCAGUGGGGAAGGCGUUCCAUUAGUGUGGCACCGCCCCAGAGGAGCCCCUCGCCCUGUUUCCUGCAUUGUGCGUAACUCCUUGGGGCGGGGGGGGGGGGCUGAGAAAAGCUUCCUUGGUGGAUCUCAACAUCUAGGCAGGACCGUAGAAUAUAAAUUAACUCGUGUGUGCAUGCCUUGAAAGGGGACAGAGCUGUUUGUGGACGGACAGGGCUUGCAGUAUUUUCCUACGGCACACGCGUAGAGAUAAUCGUAAUAAAAACAGGUCAAGCAUUUUGAAAAGGUUGGAAGGUGGGACACUUUGAGUACACACUGAGAGCAUCACAAACCGCUUCGCAGUUGCCCUGGCAGUUUGCUAGGUAAGGAAAGCUGCCCUGUGUGGCUCACGUUGGUUUUGCCAUGUUAUUUCUCCUCCUCUCCCAUCACUCGCUGAGCUCCGCAUUUCUCCCGCGAGAUCCCGCAGUUCCUGGCUUUUGUCUGGCCGCGAUGACUCUCAUCUCCAGCAAGCGCAGUUCUGAAUGAAUGAAAUGUUAUGAAACCGAUGCUGGUAUUUUGAAAUCGGACACAGCCGUGCGGUGCAAUUACAGCUCCUCCUCUUCUGUUUCCUCCUGCUGCCGCUGAGCAGACAGGCCCCGUGGGGCUGCCAAAUGACCACGAUGUGUGUCUUUUGGAGAGUGGUUCCUGUAACGGCCUUUGGUGAGUCAUCGGGUGUUCCCAGUUAAGAACUGCUGGGAGCUCGUGGAUUCCGAUUUGGUUCUGGGAACGGCGAAUCCCUUGAAAAAUUGGUUCCAGGCCGUAUUUUGGGGAGGAAGCGGGAUCCGUCUUGCAACCGUAGAUACUUUCAUACUACCCUUCAGUCGUAUUCCUGGGGUGGUGUGCGCAAAUUAAAAUUUGGAAUGCAAGAAUUCAGCCUGCAAGGGGGUUAUUAUUAAACAGAACUUUUCCUGUGCAGGAUUUCAGUGAUCUGCGAGAAUAGGCAGUUCUGUUUUCAGGGUGGGCCAACUAAAAGCGUAACAAUGACCUCUGGCAUGCUCCUGGAAGCUAAAAGGUUACCCAGAUCUGCCAAUCUGCCUGCCUUUACUUUGGUAAUACCUGCCUUCCAUUAAGAGUUUGGGUGUAAUCCUUGACGCCUCCCUUUCCACGGAGGCGCAGGUUACAGCAACAGCCAAGGCGACAUUUUUCCACCUUUGCCGCAUCAAGCAGUUGGUCCCUUACCUUUCCCGCCCCGACCUGGCCACAGUGAUCCAUGCGACGGUCACCUCCAGGCUUGACUACUGUAAUUCGCUCUACGCAGGAGUGCCCUUGAAACUGUCCCAGAAACUCCAGUGGGUGCAGAAUGCCACAGCGAGGCUCCUUACAGGGUCCCUGCCAUGGGAGCAUAUUCACCCAGUCCUUUACCAGUUGCACUGGCUCCCGGUGGAGUACCGGGUCAGGUUUAAGGUGCUGGUCUUGACCUUUAAAGCCCUUUGUGGCUUAGGGCCCUCGUAUUUACGGGACCGCCUCUCCUGGUCUGCCCCGCAGAGGACCUUAAGGUCCAUGAAUACCCAUAGUUUAGAGGUCCCGGGCCCUAAGGAAGUCAGACUAUCCUCCACCAGGGCCAGGGCCUUCUCAGUGAUGGCUCCGACCUGGUGGAAUGCUCUGUCUCAUGAGACCAGGGCCCUGCAGGAUUGAACCUCCUUCCGCAGGGCCUGUAACACAGAGCUAUUCUGCCUGGCUUUCAAUUUGAACUUAGCCUGAUCUUUUAUUCCCUUUCCUUCCCUCCCCUUUUUAUGAAGCUUACCUGCUCUGGGAUCCCACAGCUAAUUCUCCCUGGUCUCCUCGCUGGGCCAAAUAGGACUAAUUUAGCCAGCUAGCCCUGGUGAUCAUCUAAUGUUUAUUGAAUGGAUUUCCCCCCUAAAUUGAUUUUCGAAUUCUGAAUUUAUUGUUAUUCACAUUUUAUACUGUAUUUUAUGCUGUUUUUGGUUGCAUCAAUUAAGUGUUUAAAAUUUGUUGUUUGCCGCCCUGAGCCCAGUGUUCUGAACUGGGAAGGGUGGGGUAUAAAUAAAAAAUGAUGAUUAUUUAUUAUUAAGAAGGCUCAGAGCCUGAGGAGUGAUGGUGGGACAACGCCAAGGGAGAAGGGGGAGCAGACUGGUAGGAGGAGGUGCAAAAGAGGCAACAGGGUUUAGUGAGCAGGAAGAGGCUGCGGCAGAGAGCAGGCUAGCGUCAGAGGCAGAAGCAGAGGAGGUCCAGAGUGGAGAAAGGCUGAAGAAUCCAGGGAGUCUCACCCUCCUGCUGCGACCAGCUCCCUUCUCCCCUGAUCUCCCAGAACAUGAAGAAAGAGAUGAAGUGAGAAGAGCAACGAGAGACAAGACGGUGGCGCCUUGGGCUGCUUGGGAGGAGACCUAGGGAGCAGUGGGAAGGCAGGGCCUUCAGGCCUUGCCACUGCCUCAUUGGAGCAAGACCUAGUAGGAAGAGUUGCUGUGACCACUAGGCCUGCGCUGCUUUGGUUUACUUGAAAAAAGAGCUAACUUCACAGACACCAGUGUUUUUUAUUGCGGACCUGCUCAUGAUUCCGGCUCCUGACCUUGGCCCAGCGUUGCCUGCACGGAGUCGGCUUUUCAGGACUUCAGACAGCGUAUAUUCCCAGUUCUACCUGGAGUUGCUGGACAGUGAACCUGGAACCAUCUGCAUGCAAAACAGAGUUGCUCCACUGCUGAACUCCAUCCUUUCCCUUAAACUAUCUUGGUAUAAGGCCUGUGCAAGGAUGGCAACUGAUUAAAAGCCGUGCUUUGUUGAUCUGCCUCUGGGCCAAUUGAUCAAAUAAACGUCCUGUUAUCGAAAUCUCAAUAUAGGUGCCUUUUUCAGAUGACUCGAGGCUUAAUAAAGACCUGCCACUUGGCCGGUAGAAAUAAUGUUUGUUUUUGUUGUCGUUCUUGUUACCUGCUGUGUAUUUACACACCAGAACAGAAAGAGCCGCAAAGCAAGAAGCAAGUUUGCCCUUAAAUCAACUAAAGCUUCUAAUCCAUUUAUUGAUCAACUCCUUUGAUGUCUGUAUCCCUUCUGUUCUGCUUUAGUGGCUCUUUUCUUCCGCAGCCGACCUCCAAAGAAAUAGCAGCUCCCUCCUAUGGAACUGUGAAGCUGGGGGCACCUCUUUGCAAGGACGCCUUCGUGCGUCUGAGUAGAUAAUAGGCAGUGAGUUACGGGUAAACAAAAACACUUUAACCCAAUUGUGCAAAAAUAUUCCUGCCCUUCCCUUGCCUAACCCUGAGCCUCAAAAGGCCCUUGAAAGUCUGCAGUAGCAGAAACAAGAUUUACCAACUAUCGAAGAAUGGCAGAUGAAGAUGAUGGACUAUAUGGAACUUGCCGAACUGACCUGGAGACUCCGAGACCAGAGAGAAGAGACGGUGGAAGAAGACUGGAAGAAGUUUAAAGAAUAUAUGAAAAAAUAUGUUAAUAUUUAAACAGAAUAGCUUUGGAAGUGGAUAUAGGCUGUAGGGUUAGAAGUAGAAGAUAGGGUAUUUUAAAAUAUUAUUUGUAAGUGAUAAAAUGUGAAGUUAUUUUAAGUAUGAUUUUAAAAAAAGAUGGUUAGAAAUUAUGAUAUAUGUAAACGGCUAAAGAUGAAGUAAAAUGAAAAUCAGAUAGGCCGGACUUGGGGAAGCCAAUUUAACAAUGUUUAGAAAAAUAAGGAUAUGACAAGAAUUUGUUCGUAUUGUUUGUCUUUUCUGUCUGUGUUUUUUAUUUGUGUUAUAAAAUGAAUAAAAACUUUUUUUGGGGGAAAAGUCUGCAGUAGCAGUUUGUCUCAAAUGGAGAAGCUUUGCUUUUGCUGCCAGAAGCAACUACACAAAUGAUAUUGUGCCUUGGCUGCGUUUCGUGAGACCCUAAAAGGCACCCCGGAGCAGGAGAUCUCUCAGCGCUGGACCCAGGGAAGAAAUCUGAAUAGCCAUCUAUUCCCUUCCCUUGAUCAGAGUGCAGAAUCUGCAAUGACAGGAGUCUUGCAAUUACAGCUUCCCCAAGUUAGAGGCCCUCCAGAAAAGUAGAACCUGUCACAUCCCAGUGUAACCUGUUCCAUUUCCUUAAUAACAAUUUAAACAAUUUAUUUAACUAAAACAAUAACAUUAUAGCAUAUGGAUCCAUGUUUGUUAACUGAUGUGGUUAAACAGUUGGUGUUUUUAAACAACUUAGACUGAGUUUUAGUACACAUGAAAAACGUAAAAUAAAUCCUUAUUUCCUGAUGAAUAGCAUUUGGACUAUAAUGUAACUUAAAUAGAAAACUAUCUUUAGGAAGAUUUUUCCUCCAAAAGCAUUUUAUUUUAAAAAUCCAAUUUAAAUAAAAAAACCUGAAUUUUUUUUUAAAAAAUUAAAAAUUCAUUGAUUUUUAUCCACCCUGAUUGGGGGUGGAGCGAGAUAAGGGGAGGGAAGACGAUGUUUCACUGCAUGAAACACAAGGCCUGUUCAGGUUGAGAAUGAUGCUCAUUCAUCUUGGAUUGGCCUGUGGCAAUCUCUUUAUGUAUUUGUAGGAGGAGUAUCCAGAACCUUUGGCGCAUCAGGCCUUUGGUUUCUUGAGGCCAGAGGUUCCCAAACAUCGCCCCAGGCUUCAUUCCACUUUGCAUAGCCAUGUCAGGAAGAAUCUACGCCAGAUACCUUUGCAGCUUGCAAACCCAGCCGGAAAGCAGCACCGCUGAAAAUGCAAAACAGAUGUAAGGUUCAGUGAAUUCAGAAAUUUGCAGGGAUGCUGCUCAGAGGUAGACCAGCUGCCUUGCGUCCAGGGGGGCCCAGGUUCAGCUCCCAGUGGCAAUUUCCCUGCCCCCCUCCCCCUUCCUGCAAAUUCCUAUACAAAAUACAUUUAACUUAUGGUCUGUAUGCACCAUUUCUAUGUGUUACUAUAAGUAAUUGCAUACAUGUACAGUCCUACCUCGUGUUGCGUCCGUUUCAUGUUGCGUCUUUCCGCGUUAUGUCCCGCGGCAACCUGGAAGUACCGGAACGGGUUACUUCUGGGUUUCACUGCAUGCGCAGAAGCGUUAAAUCGCGCAUGCGCAGAAGCGUCAAUUUGUACCUCGUGCAUGUGCAAAUGCAGCGCUUCGAGUUGCGGGCAUUUCAUGUUAUGGACGGGCCUCUGGAACGGAUCCCGUCUGUAACACGAAGUACCACUGUAAUAGCUGUAAUUUUGGUACAGUGGUACUUCAGGUUACAUAUGCUUCAGGUUACAUACGUUUCAAGUAACAGACUCCUCUAACCCAGAAAUAGUGCUUCAGGUUAAGAACUUUGCUUCAGGAUGAGAACAGAAAUCGUGCUCCGGCGGCGCGGCAGCAGCAGGAGGCCCCAUUAGCUAAAGUGGUGCUUCUCGGUUAAGAACAGUUUCAGGUUAAGAAAGGACCUCCGGAACGAAUUAAGUACUUAACCUGAGGUACCACUGUAUAUACAUUCUGACACAACUUUGUUAAUAUAUUCAGAAACGUUUGUCUUUAGAGUCAUUUAUAUUCAAUUUUUUGCAGUUGUUACAUGCCACAUGCUUUGAUGUAAACAAAGACAUAUCUCAGUGCAACCAUGUUAAACAGUUUAAAGAUGAAAAUGAAUAAAAGCUAUGUUGCAAAAAAUUAUAUAUAUAUAUAUAAAAGGUUUGUCUUAGUGCGAAGUGCAGACUAGGCUAGCAUUGUAUUAGCUUGCUGUCAUGCCCCUCUAAGCUGUCAGGCCUCUUCUCCAGCCCAGGAUUUUAUUUGCCUGUUGCUUUUUCUCUUCGGCAACAAGUAAAUGUUUGCUGUUCUCAAGAAAGGGAAGAUAUUUUUUAAAGGACUGUGAACCUUGCCGCUGCCAUAUCUUGUGGAGUGAUGAGAAGAGAGUUCUUGAGCCUCACAGCCUUUGUGCAUCUGGUGUGCACAAUGUCUCAUGGAAAGCUUUGCUUUAUUCUACAAUAUACGGUGACAUAAUGGGGGGAAGACUAUUUGUUUGGACAGCUGAGAAGGAUGGUCGUUUGAAGCCACAUUUUUCUUUUGUGUGGCCCAGAUAAAUAGGUUACUUCCAGGACUGCUAAGUUUUGCAGCAGUUGCACAACACAGGAGGAGAACUUUGUGGAAAUCAAAGUCUUUCUGCAAACGAUCUUUCUGCUUCGGUUUGGGGACCUUAUUUCCCUUCUGGAAAGCACUGGUAAUGUUAUUCUAGUAACUUUUACUCUCUCUUUUUUCCAAUACGAACAUAACUUGUGGCAUUUGUAGAAGAGGAAGAAAAAGGCCACACAUUACAGUUAUUACUUGCUUGGUUAAACAGCAGAGUGGAAGCAAAAAGAGAGAGCAUGUCGCCCGCAGUUCAGGAAGUUGAUAGUCUCAAAUGACUUUCUUCACACAACCUGUAACCUUUCUAAUAACUGGGGUGGAAGGGUGUGCAGUUUAACAACAGUGUGUUAACAUUGCAGCUUUCCUCUUUCCCAGUCCCUCAUCCCCACCCGUCUAGACCAUGGGUAGGCAAACUUAGGCCCAGGGGCCGGAUCUGACCCAAUCGCAUUCUCAAUCCGGCCUGCGGGCAGUCUGGGAAUCAGCAUGUUUUUACAUGAGUAGAAUGUGUGCUUAUAUUUAAAAUGCACCUCUGGGUUAUUUGUGGGGCAUAGGAAUUUGUUCAUCUUUUUUUUUCAAAAUGUAGUCCGGCCCCCACACAAGGUCUGAGGGACAGUGGACCGGCCCUCUGCUGAAAAAGUUUGCCGACCCCUGGUCCUCCUCCUUUUCUCUCUCUAAUGGCACAAGAACAUAGAUUGCAAUCGGGGUCUGCAAUAACAGCUUCUGGCCUAUUUUAAUGAGAGACUCUUGAGAUGGGCAGGGUAUAAGUCAUCAUCAUCAACAACAUUUGAUUUGUAUGCCGCCUUCCCAUAGCUGAAACUACAGUGGACCCUCCGGAUGCAAACUUAAUUUGUCCCAGGGGGUCCGUACUUACCACGAAAAGUCCAUAUUCAGAGUCGCCACUUCUGCACGUACGCGGCGCAAUAGAGCACUUCUGCACAUUUGCGUGCGUUGAAACCUGGAAGUAUAAACUUCCGGGUUUGCCUCGUUUGUAACUCGAAAUUAUGUUACCCGAAGGUAACAUAAUCCGAGGUACCACUGUGUGCUCAAGGCGGCUUACAACAUGACAAGAUUUACAGAAUUACAAACAUAACAGAAGUCAUAAACAAUCAAUCAAACACAUCAAAAAGUAUAUAACAAGUGGAAACAAUUUCCACAUCAAUUGUAAGAUCGAAAACUAUGGAUACAACAAUAAUAUCAAUAACAGCAACAAGCUCUCUCAACCCCCCGGGAAACAAUACUCCAGUCUGAGAAUCUGUUUAACAGGUUCAGCUUUUGUAGCUGGAGUCAGUCUGCACUCCACUCUCCCAGGCCAGAUGGGAAAGGGCCGGCAAGGCAGGGCGCAGGUCUUCCAGGGCUCACAACCAAGAUGGUCUCAUUUAAAACAACACAGGUAAAAAUUAAAAACAGUUUAAAAGCAGCUGCAGUCCUUGUGCAGCCUGUAAGGCCCCGUCCCAAGCCCAGUGGAAAGAGGCAAGGGCAGGGUCCUUCAGGCCCUCAGCAGGCAAUAAUAAGCUGUUGUUGUUGUUGUUGUUGUUGUUGUUGUUAGACCGCCAACUCCCAUGAACUGCAGCCAGCACAACGCCACAAGCUAGGAUCCAUGGGAGUUGUGGUCUAAGACAUCUGGACGGCACAGGUUGUUGAAGUCCGGAUUGAAUACCCCACGGUUUGAUUCUGCAAAGACCGCUUGUAAAUGUGCAAGGCUUGACUAUUUAUUUUCAUCUGUUUGUUGCAUUGCCAUCCCACCUUUUUCCUCCACGGAUCUCAAGGUGGCGUACGUGCCCCCCCCAUUUGAUCCUACAACAACCCUGUGAGGUAGGUCAGGCUGAGAGACGGCGACUGGCCCCCCAGGUCGCCCGGUGAGCUUUGUGACCGAGUAUGGGAAUUUGAACCCGUCUCCCAGGUCGUAGUCGGACAUGCUUAACUGCUACGCCUUCCAGAUCCCUGGGUGUCUUCUGGCCAUGGUCACACAAAAAGGCCCCUCGCAGCGAAACAGUACAUUGUCACAUUAAUGAUUUUGCAGAAUUCUGCAUCGCAGUGGCUUUUCUGUAUUUGCAGCCAAGCGUUUAAGCCUAAAUGAUCUGCUAGCAGACUUUGAUCUUUCCAGGCUGUUUUUCUCCCGAUUCCCCUGGACGCGUAAUGUUGACAUGCUUUGAGCAGCUUUUUGUACGUUUUUGCGGUGCGGGAAACGAUUCUCUCGCGUUUGUUUCCUGACUCCCCAUGCUGCCUGAAACCAGCUGGCGAAAUGUUGACUUUCUCCAGCUUCCAACAAUGACACCAACAGAACGUGAAGGCAAGGUUUAUUGUACCCAGUGUUUGCAAAGCCGUGUGUCCACAUGCAGAUAUCUACUGUGCUCUACCUUUGCAGGCAAAAAACAGGCAUGCCCACUCCCAAAUGAUGAUGAUGAUAUAGUAUACCCCACCCAUCCGGCUGGGUUUCCCCAGCCACUCUGGGCAGCUUCCAACAGGAGAUUAAAAAUACAUUAAAACAUCAGUCAUUAAAAAUCUUCCCUAAACAACACUGCCUUCAGAUGUCUUCUAAAUGUCAGACAGUUGUUUAUUUCCUUGAUGGGAGGGCGUUCCACAGGGUGGGCGCCACCACCAAGAAGGCCCUCUGCCUGGUUCCCUGUAACUUUCCUUCUCACCGUGAGAGAACUGCCAGAAGGCCCUUGGAGCUGGACCUCAGUGUCCGGGCCAAAAGAUGGGGGUGGAGACGGUCUAGCAGGGGUUGGGCAUUGCACAUAUGCCCUGACUGCCUCCUGCCAGGGAUAUUGCUAAGGGAGCUUCAUGGCCAAGUUGGAAUUUGAACCCUGGUCUCUUCCAGGUCCUACAGGGCCUCUUGCAAGUCUGAGGUGGUGUUCAGGGCACAUAACGCUUGCCGUGUCUCCUCCUCUCCUGUGCUUACAAUUUUUGGCCACACAUAAGAGUGGGCAGACUGUCUUGCCAGAGUGUUGCAUGCUCUAGUUAUCUCUCGCUUGGACUACUGCCAUGCGCUCUAUGUAGGGCUACCUUUGAAGGGGACCUGGAAACUUCAAUUAAUCCAGAAUUCGGCAGCUAGACUGGUGACUGGGAGUGGCCGCCGAGACCAUAUAACUCCGGUCCUGAAAGACCUACAUUGGUUCCCAGUACGUUUCCGAGCACAAUUCAAAGUGUUGGUGCUGACCUUGAAAGCUCUAAACGGCCUCAGCCCAGUAUACCCGAAGGAGCAUCUCCACCUCCAUCGUUCUGCCCAGACACUGAGGUCCAGCUCCAAGGGCCUUCUGGCAGUUCCCUCCCUGCAAGAUGUGAGGUUACAGGGAACCAGGCAAAGGGCCUUCUUGGUGGUGGCGCCCGCCCUGUGGAAACCCUCUCAUCAGAUGUCAAGGAAAUAAACAACUAUCUGACAUUUAGGAGACAUCUGAAGGCAGCCCUGUUUAGGGAAGUUUUUAAUGUUUGAUGUUUUAUUGUGUUUUUAAUGUUCUGUUGGAACAUCAUCAUCAUUACUAUUACUAUUACUAUUACUAUUAUUGGCAGCGCCCUCGUGGGUGCACCCAGUAUUCAAGGCCCAGCUUUGCGCGGUGCAGGCAAUUCCUGAGUGUGCAUUAUGCUCGCAGCUUUGUGAAUCUGGAGACAACAUCCGGUUUCUCCCUAUUGAGUCCCGGACAGGAUUCGGGAUGAAAAAGCAACCAGCUCAUCCGCAAAGAAUUGCGCAACACGGUGCUUCCUAGAGCAGCCUUGGCGCCAGGAUAGCACCCUGCCCCUGGAGCUCUUGCAGUCUGAAUUUGGAGCAAUUUGACUAGCAAAUAUGAAGCAGAAACAAAUGCAUAUAUUCCGGCUUUGUUUGGAUGGAGGAAGGAGUUGCCUCAGGGCUUUGCGUGCACACAAAAAAGGCCGAUUUAUUCAGGAGGGAUUCAGAGGGAGAGUGUGCCAAGGAGUUAUUUUAAUACGUCAAAUCCUAGCUAACAAGCAGGAGUCCUGCUUAGCUGAAUCCUUCGCACGUGUUGCCUGACCGCCGGCACCAUUGUCGUGUUUGGCCACAAGAGCUUCCUUUGAGCUUUGCUAUUUUUGGUCCUUUUGGGGACUUGGCAGAGAGGAUCCUGCCAGCCUGAGUGCUUUCUAGGCUUAGCAUCGCUCCAAGAGCCCAAAUAUAUUUUUGCCAGAUGGAGCAAAAAUGUUGUAACUGGAAUGCAAAAGAGGGGAGGGGGGAGCAAGCAAACUGCUUUGCACUUUGCUGUGGGGAGGGGUUUUGGGGGUCCCCCUCCUUCCCCUUCAGGCUUAGACGAGACUUGGGUGUCAUGUGCUGUUAUCAAGGCCACAGACAUCUUAAAAAGCAGAUACAUCACCUUGCUGACAAAGGUCCGUACAGUUAAAGCUCUGGUUUUCCCAGUAGUGAUGCAUGGAAGUGAGAGCUGGACCAUCAAGAAGGCUGAUCGCUGAAGAAUUGAUGCUUUUGAAUUAUGGUGCUGGAGGAGACUCUUGAGAGUCCCAUGGACUGCAAGAAGAUCAAACCUCUCCAUUCUUAAGGAAAUCAUCCCCGAGUGCUCACUGGAAGGACAGAUCCUGAAGCUGAGGCUCCAAUACUGUGGCCACCUCAUGAGAAGAGAAGACUCCCUGGAAAAGACCCUGAUGUUGGGAAAGAUGGAGGGCACAAGAAGAAGGGGACGACGGAGGACGAGAUGGGUGGACAGUGUUCUCAAAGCUACCAGCAUGAGUUUGACCAAACUGCGGGAGGCAGUGGAAGACAGGAGUGCCUGUCAUGCUCUGGUCCAGGGGGGUCACAAAGAGUCGGACACGACUAAACAACAACAAGGCCGGCCCUGAUCUGUUUGCUGGAGGCAUGGAACAUGCACAGCUCACUUCCUGUAAUAUUAAAACUCAGCGUGAUUAAUGACAGAAGCAAAUCAGUGAGGUGGUCUGUUGUGGGAUUUGGGGGACCUCACUCUGCUGCAUAUCUCAGUCUUCUGGAGGCUGGGGGUAAUGAUGGGGUCUUCAGGUCCCCCCCCCUUUGAAAUCAGCAUCAGGCUCCUAGUGGUUGCCUAACUGCUAACACCUAAUAGGCCAGUACAGUCAUACCUCUCGGUUCUCGAACGUAAUUCGUUCCGGAAGUUCAUCCGACUCCCGAAAACGUUCGAAAACCAAGGCACAGCUCCCGAUUGGCUGCAGGAGCUUCCUGCUCUCAAUCAGAAGCCGCUUUGGAUGUUCGGCUUCCGAAAAACAAUCGCAAACCAGAAAUCUCACUUCCGGGUUUGCAGCGUUCAGGAGCCAAAACGUACGAGUACCAAGGCGUUCUGGAACCAAGGUACGACUGUAAAAGGAAUUUGUACCUUUUGCUUCUUUGGUGUAUUGAUUGAUUGAUUGAUUUAAAAGCAUUUAUAUACCAUUUAAUAUUUCAAGGAUCUUUCAGCAGGAACAAACCCAAUAUUUAUUUUCUUAGAUUAAUGUUCCACCUGGUUUUUUUGGCGGGGGGGGGGUUGAGGUAAAAUGAUAGUCCCACUCACGAGUAGACUAAUGGAAAUGGGUGGAUUUAAGUCGGUUGCAGUAUCCAUCAGUUCUGUAUCCAUGUGGACCUGCUGUCCAGCCUGUGUUUUAAAAAAUGGUUUUUAAUGGGGGCAGCAGUAGAGUCUCUGUCAAAAGUCAUGGGGCGCAUUUGCACAUGUGUUUGUGGGUUUGCGUUGUCUCAGGAUGCAAUUGAAAGUGCAAGCAACCUUUCCAGGAUUAUUAUUAUUAUUAUUAUUAUUAUUAAUUUAUUUAUUUAUACCUUGCCCAUCUGGCUGGGAUGUCUGGUUUGCCCUGGUCCUCACUCUGCAAAAUAAGGUGGAUCUUGAGAAGGAUGCAUUUCCUACAGUCUGCUCCCUAAUUUCACCAUGGGGUUUAAUUAAACUGCCCCACAGCAACCUUCCCCCCCCCCCCCGGGUCUUAAAGCGCUUUAUUUUAUUUUUUUUAAUUAUAGAUUUUCUUGUUUUACAGAAGUAAGUGUAAUGCCUCGUAUUUUUUCCAUGUAACAUUUUUACAAAUCCGUUUCAUUAGGGGGAGAAGAAAGAAAAAGAGGGGGGGGAGAGGUGGAGGGAGGGAAGAUGGGUGGGGGGGUCGGGUGGCGAUGUUUCUAUUAUGCUUAAUGUGUGUAGGGUUUGGUGUCAGCGUUGCUUGUGCUGUUCACUUGUGUUCCUUUGGUGGUGAGAGAGGUUGAGGUUGGCCAAGGUGUGGUUGUUUGUUUGUGGUUAGCUGUGGUGAUCUUUGUUUUUGUGUGUGAAUGGGGUGGGUGGGUGUUUUGGAUCAGGUUAGGCAUAUUGAUUUGUAUGCUUCACAGCAACCUUGCGCCAAAAUAGGGAGUCAUUAACCUACUAAACCAGGAAGCAUUUUCCGCUGAGAGAUUCCGCAGGGGUCAUUCUUGGACCUGCCAAUGUUUCAACAACAGCUUCAUGGAUGGUUUGGCUGUGAAGGAACAGACUGAUUCUUAUCAUGGGAAUUAUAUUACCUAAGGUCCCAGGCCGAGGUGCAACAAUGGAAGACGUCAGUGAUAUUAAAAAUAUUUACGAGGAACGGUUGAGGGAGGUUUAGUCUGGAGAAGAGAAGAUAGAGGUGAUCUUCAAAUAUCUGAAGGGCUCCUGGGUGGAAGAUGGGGCUGGUAGUUGCUUCUCCAGAGGCUGGGACUCAACACAAGAGAUUCCAGUUGCAAGAAAAGAGAUUCCAAAUUUAAGAGAAUUUUGGGACACUGUAUAUAGUGGUACCUCGGGUUACAUAUGCUUCAGGUUACAUACGCUUCAGGUUACAGACUCUGCUAACCCAAAAAUAUUACCUCGGGUUAAGAACUUUGCUUCAGGAUGAGAACAGAAAUCGUGCUCCAGCGGUGCAGCAGCAGCGGGAGGCCCCAUUAGCUAAAGUGGUGCUUCAGGGUAAGAACAGUUUCAGGUUAAGAAUGGACGUCCGGAACGAAUUAAGUACUUAACCCAAGGUGCCACUGUAAUUAUAAUAAUUUAUUAUUUAUGCCCCACCCAUCUGGCUGGGUUUCCCCAGCCACUCUGGGCGGCUUCCAACAAAAUAUUAAAAUAGAAUGCAGUGGUACCUCGGGUUAAGUACUUAAUUCAUUCCUGAGGUGCGUUCUUAACCUGAAACUGUUCUUAACCUGAAGCACCACUUUAGCUAAUGGGCCUCCUGCUGCUGCUGCGUGAUUUUUGUUCUCAUCCUGGAGCAAGGUUCUUAACCCGAGGUACUAUUUCUGGGUUAGCGGAGUCUGUAACCUGAAGCGUAUGUAACCUGAAACGUAUGUAACCCAUGGUACCACUGUAGUCUAUUAAACAUUAAAAGCUUCCCUAAAGAGGGCUGCCUUCAGAUGUCUUCUAAAAGUCUGGUAGUUGCUGUUCUCUUUGUCAUCUGGUGGGAGGGCGUUCCACAGGGCGGGCGCCACCACCGAGAAGGCCCUCUGCCUGCUUCCCUGUAGCUUUGCUUCUCGCAGGGAGGGAACUGCCAGAAGGCUCUCGGCACUGGACUUCAGUAAAGCAACUUGCACAGGAGAUUGCGUGGGAAAACCCGAGUGGAGGUGGGGGUGCCCUGCUACGUGAACGCCCAGAGACGGUUAGCAAAGGGGCACAGCCAUUUGUAGGGGGAAAAAAAACCCAAUGUGAGCCCAGCCAGGAUUAUUGUGUCAAGAGAACAACCUUCCAAACUGGCCUCUGGAUCUUUCGAGCGUGUAAACAAGCUCCGAUAGUGCAAAUAUUUUCAGGGAUUGAGCAAUGCAAGACGUCUCCAGAAUUUACAGUUCCGCGGUGAUUUAUGGAAGCCUUCCUAUUUAUACGGCCUUGUUUACAGCGCCUAUCGCCCGGCGAACUGUGAAAAGGUGUUCUUUUAAAAAAGAAAGCCUGAGGCGGAGGAGAGGCCCCAAGUCUUAUUUCCCCCUCUGUUGAUUUGUUUGCAGUCUGCUUAUUCUUUUCCCACAGCCGUACACUUCUCUUGAUUUUAUUUUUUUUUAAUUCUGGUAUUUCUCCCGUCUUCUCUGAUCUCUAGCUUUCAAACGCUGCUAUUCUUUUUCUUUACAGCCUCGUGUUAUUCAUGCAUUCUUGGCAGCUGCUGUUGAAUUUCGGAUGUUUUACAGAAGGGAUUCACAAAGGAAUCCUUUUUUUUCUUUCUACUAUUCUCCUUUACUAUUGUUAUUAGGAACAGGGUUUGUUUGUUUUUGUUUGUUUGUCUGUUUGUUCAUUUCCCCCCUCCACUGCAGCAGUUGAAAACGAAUGACGUUUUUUGGGUGAACAUGCAUUCUUUUGAAAUUAAGGGGGAAAGACAGCAAAGUAAUUGCAUUUUUAAAAAAUAAUUUUAAAAAUUCCAUUAGCCUCAAAUGUUUAUUAUGACGCUCUUCAAGUUUUAGGCGUGUAUUAAUCUUCUGUGAGCUUUUAAAUUUUGGAUGUUGAGGGUAGAGUGGUAUUUUCGAUCGGCCCGGACCCUGCAAUGUUCAUCUGAGGACCUUCUUUGGGGGCCUGCCCCACGAGAGGUGUGGAGGGUGGCAACAUGAGAACGGGGCCUUUUCUGCAGUGGCUCUCCAUUUGUGGAACAACCCCAUUAAGGAAAUGGGGCAGAUUGCUCAGAGUUGGUGAGCUUUCGGAGGGUGGAUUGCUGACAAUGACUCGCCUGUCUGCCGCUGCCAAUCGCACGCCUUGCCGCAGCCACCAAUCUCCCCCCCCCCAUCACUGCUGACAAUCUCCUGCUCGCCGCUGUCACCAGUUACCCGUCCCCCCUCUGCACUAUCUGUGUAUAAGAUGACCCCCCCAAUAUUUUUUUUAAAUUAUUUUUUAAAAAAACAUACAUUGUCUUAUGCACGGAAAAAUACGGUAACUUAUUUUUUGAAUUUAUAUCCUGCACUUCCUCCUGAAGGAGCCCACGGUGGCAGAGUUGAGUGGGCGUGCGUGUUCAAGAGUUUUAAUUUGGUUUUUCCCCAUUUGGAAACAUUAUUCUUAACUGCCAGAAUGAGAGUGCUUCCCGGAAAACAAUGGUGAGCCCGAGAAAUGGGAGUUGUGCUCUUGGCACUUCCACUCACGACGGCGACUGCUGCUCCUUCCACCCCGGAGCGUCUCUCUGAGCUGCAAUUGUGAUCUCACAUCCCUUUAAGAGGCUGCUGUUAAGAGAGACGUAGACAGGUAGCCGUAACCUUGGCAAUGCGCUGCCAGCCGUCUUGGCGGUGAGAAAAAUGCGCCCGCCGAAAAUUGACUUGUAUGCUACAACGUCCAUCAUAACGGCCCGUCCUUAUAGCACGUUUGAGGUCUGUGUGGCCGGUUGCCAUCGGACAUAACUGCUGGCUGGGAGAAUGUCCGCCGAAAUGGUGUAGCCUUCCCUGGAGCAAAAAGCAGGUGGAGUGUUUUGGUUUGUUGGGGAAUGCAGGUUAUGCGAGGGGAUUUCACAGAGCGGUGAUGUAUUGAUCCCAAGGUGCCUGGUGGAGGCUGCGAAAACUUGCCGAGCUCGUUCCUGCUUUGCUGCUGGAAAAAGCCGAGAAAAAGGUUCAAGUGAGUGCAGGGUUCUUUAGCUUCUUCCCAACUGCAGAGGCAAACCUGGGCUGCUUGCUGAUGGUGUGGAACAAACAGCUCCAUUGUCGCUUGUCAUAUUGUGAGGCAGUCCAGCGCAAAAAUGUGGCGGGGGGGGGACUUAUUUUAUCACACAAAGCAAUGGCUGAGUUUUUACAGGCUCAGAACCUUAGGCUGCGACGACACUCAGCACGGACGAUAAAGCUUUCGCGUUCUUGGAAGGAGGCUGCGGAGCGAAUAAAAAGCUUAGAAACGGUGAGCGGCAAUUCAGCAAAAGCUUGUAGGUCAAACUCGGCUGCGGCGUGUUGAGCUUUCUGCCGCCUGCUCCCAUUUUUGCAGGGGUUGCCCCCGGGAGCCCGGCCUUCUCAUUCCCCCAGCCAUAUGAGUGGCGCUAACAGCAUACUGACCGUGAGUCCGAAAGCCCCCGGCAAAUUUGCUGCGGAGGGCAAGGGAGCUCACCGCAGAAGGAUAGAUGGAGAGCAGCCAGGCAGUGACUGAGGAAGUUUAUUUUCCAUUUCAUGGGCCCUUUCCUUGACGUGAUUUCGGGGCACAAUAAAACUCUUGCCACGCUCAGCUCCCGAGCUGCUGAGCAAGCUUCUUCGAGACAAAUUGGGGAGCCGGGGUUCAUUUUGCAGAACGAUGGCUAUGCACUGGGGUCAGAGGUGAAUGGUUCCUCUACUAAUUGCUGUGCCACGCUGGGUGGAGGGUGUGCCUACUGGCAAUUCCUUGCUUGUGAGAGCGGGUGGAGCUCCUCUGGCUAUUCCACCGCUGUACGGAGAACAGUGGUACCUUGGUUCUCAAACUUAAUCCAUUCUGGAAGUCCGUUCCAAAACCAAAGCGUUCCAAAACCAAGGUGUGCUUUCCCAGAGAAAGUAACGCAAAACGGAUUAAUCCAUUCCAGACUUUAAGAAACAACCCCUAAAACAGCAAUUUAACAUCGGUUUUAAAAAAGGUAAAAGGCCCCCUGACCAUUAGGUCCAGUCAUGGCCGACUCUGGGGUUGCAGCGCUCAUCUCGCUUUAUUGGCCGAGGGAGCCGGCGUACAGCUUCUGGGUCAUGUGGCCAGCAUGACUAAGCCGCUUCUGGCGAACCAGAGCAGCGCACGGAAAUACCGUUUACCUUCCCGCCGGAGCGGUACCUAUCAGUCUACUUGCACUUUGUGCUUUUGAACUGCUAGGUUGGCAGGAGCAGGGACCGAGCAACGGGAGCUCACCCCGUCGCGGGGAUUUGAACCGCCGACCUUCUGAUCAGCAAGUCCUAGGCUCUGUGGUUUAACCCACAGCGCCACCCGCGUCCCUAACAUGGGUUUUACUAUCUAACAAGACCAUGGAUCCAUAAAAUGAAAUCAAUAGACAAUGCACCACAGUCACACAGUCAAAAUAUCAGUAGCUGAACUGGGUUCCACACAGGCAGAGAAACAAACUAAAUAGCAAAAACAGACAGACCUCAGCGUAACACUCAAAACAGAAGUGUGGCACUCAAAUUGGAAGCGUAACACUCAAAACAGAGCACAUUCGGCUUCCAAAAAACGUUUGCAAACCAGAACACUUACUUUGGGGUUAGCAGUGUUUGGGUUCCAAGUUGUUUGAGUACCAAGGCGUUUGAGAACCAAGGUACUACUGUACAGAGGAGAAGAUGCAUCUGUGACUUUGGGACGGGUUGCUUUGGCCUGGCCGACCCACUGGGGGAACCCGGCACCAGUGACGCUCCGGCAGCGGUUUGCAAAGGGUGCACCUUUGCAGAUGCGUUUUGGGGUCCUGAUGUGCGAAUGGAGCACAUCUCAUCGCUGCAGGGGGGCUGCUCAGCCCAGCCCAGGUGAUCAUGCAGAAGGCUUCCCUUGCAGUUGGGACCUUGCAGUCGACAUGAGCAAAGCAACCUGCACAAGGCAUGAGGAGGAAAGCCCUUUUGUUUUGGUGUGUUUCAUUAGGGCACGGGCCCUGGCUUGAUGGUGGUGGUGGUGGGGUUAUUGCGUUGUUUUUAUUUUGACUAUAUAUUUUGUGGUUUUAUAUUUUGAUUUUAUGCUGUGAACUGCCCUGAGACCUCAGGGUAUAGGGCAGUAUAUAAAUUUAAUAAAUUUAUUACAGUGGACGUUUGGGUUGCGAACGUGAUCCGUGCUGGAAGCACUUUUGCAACCCGCAGCAUUUGAGAACAGCAGCACUGCGUCUGCACACGUGCGGGUUGCGAUUCGGUGCUUCUGUGCAUGCGCAAAGCGUAAUUUAGUGCUUCUGUGCAUGCACAAGCGCUGAAACCUGGAAAUAACCCAUUCUGGUACUUCCGGGUUUGGCGCGGUGCACAACCCAAAAUCGCGCAACCCGAAACGUCUGUAACCCGAGGUAUGACUGUAACGAUGAUGAUGAUGAUGAUGAUGAUAGUGCCACCUUCUGCUUUGCUCGCAGAAGGUCCCAAAUUUUUUCAUCGGCCCCUGCAGGUCGGGCUGGGAAAGACCCCCGCUUGAGCCCCUGGAGAGAUGCUGUUAGUUGGCGUGAUUAUAGAUUAUAGGGUGGCACCAGUAUUUGGAAUUUCCCAGGCACGUUUUCCUACCGGCACGGGUCCAGCUGCAACUGCGUGGAGAUUUCUGGGUGCCAGGUUUGCGCCCGCCGUUUAGAAACCCCUGACUUAGUCCAUAGUUAAUAACAUUUCCGUUUUUCCACAGUGCGUGUUUCUCCUUGCGUACAAGUGAAUUGUUGUAAGAGCGAGCGAUGUACAAGCAAUGUAGUUUAAAUCGUAGAAUCGGAGAAAUAUAGUGUUGGAAGGGAUCCUGGGGGACAUCUAGUCCAACCACCCUGAGAUCUACAGGUAUAGGGUGGUAUACAAAUUACAAAAAUAAAUACCCACUCACCCACCCCCUGGGUAAAUAGGCAUUCUGUUGUGGCGACCUUGAUUUAAGUUGCCAUUUCGCUCCCAGCUGAUACAUCUUGAGUUGCUAACGCUGCCCUGGAAAUGGUCCUAAACUACAACUCCCAAAUCCCCUGACAGUUAGCCGUGCUGGCUGGCGCUAAUGGGAGUUGUAGCCCCUGACAGCCCUCCUGCAACAGGGAGUUCCAUGGUUUACGUGUUGUGUGCAGAAGGACUUUGUUUUCUGCGGGACUUAGAAAACCAGCCGUUUUGACUCUCUCCUCGCUGCGUGUCUCGAACCAUUGGCCCUUAACGUUUUGCAGGCCGUUUGACUCUUUUUUCUCCCUCUCCUUCCUCUCCCCCAGGUGUACUAUUCGAUUCCCCAGCACAAUCAUCAAGAUACAGUUCACAUCGCUCUACCACAGAGAGGAGGCGAAGGAAGCAGCCUCGUCGCCUCCACUUCGGCCGCUCUACCCCCAGAUAUCGCCGCUUAAGAUCCACAUUCCGGAGCCGGACCUCCGAAGCCUGGUCAGCCCCCUGCCCUCUCCCACCGGCACGAUCAGGUAAGGAGGAGCUUUGCUGUUCCGCACCAAAUCGCCAUUGCGGGACCAGUUUGAGGGCGCUUCCCCCCCAAAAGGAGCCCAUCAGUCUAUGCUCACGUGUUUGAUGCGCAAAGCGAGAGAAAGGCCUGUCAUUUUGGUGGGUCAGGGCAAUGAAGAGGCGGCUAGCGCUGCAGAGACUUUAGGCAAGCAGCGCAAAUGCGGCUCCUUUAUUAUUACAGUGGUCCCUUGGUUCUCAAACUUUAAUCCAUUCCGGAAGUCGGUUCCAAAACCAAAGCGUUCCAAAACCAAGGCGCGCUUUCCCAUAGAAGGUAAUGCAAAACGAAUUAAUCAUUCCAGACUUUAAGAAAACAACCCCUAAAAUAGCAAUUUAACAUGAAUUUUACUACCUAACGAGACCACUGAUCCAUAAAAUGAAAGCAAUAUUCAAUGUACUGUAUUACAAAAUAAAUAAGACAGUAUUGCAGAUGAUGAAAAUGAAAUUUAUUAUUUUUUCUUACCUGUACUGAUGAUAGUCAUUGUUUGGAUGGGGGGGCUUUUAUCCAUUUCCGCAGUCACACAAUCAAUCAAUCAAUCAAUCAGUAGCUGAACUGGCUUCCACACAGUCACAAAAACAAAUUAACUGAAAAAGCCUCGAAAACAAAAACGCAAAUUAAAAAGCAAAAGCACCAAACUUAAUCUGUUCCAGAAGUCCGUUUGACUACCGAAAUGUUCGAAAACCAAGGUGCAGCUUCUAAUUGGUGCAGGCACCCCGGAAACAAUAACCGACAGCCACAUCAGACGUUCAGCUUCCAAAAAACAUUUGAAAACCGGAUCACUUCCAGGUUUUCAGCGUUUGAGAACCAAGGCAUUUGAGAACCAGGGUACCUCUGUAUUUAUUAAUUCUACAUGUCACCCUUCGUCAAAAGAUCAUGGGGCAGUUCACAGAAUACAACACAAAAGUAAAAUUUGCCUUGGCACGCCUUUUAGAGGACGUCACGCUGGGCCUCCUGUCCCCAAGUCCCCCCCCCCUUUCGCCCAAAUGGGGAUACCAUUGCAAUGAUGGCUAAAAUUGCCCCUGCUAACUCCAGCGAUGGGGGGAAGCACGUUUUGCCACCCCAAACUAAACGGGCUCUAUCACGAAACACGGCCAAGUUACGCUUCUCCCGGCUCGUGCUAGAGCAGGGCUUCUCCACCCUGGUGUGGCAGGAGAGGAUGGGAAAUGUGGCAGGAAUAUUCGAGGACAAUAUUCAGUAUUAUAUUUUGGGAAUUGCUCCUUUUCUUGUGUUAGCUGCAUUGUUUCAUACUUACUAGAUUCCCCAUGAUCAUAUUAGAAAGUCUUCCGUGUUCUAAACCAAGCACUGCUAGGAGCUGCUGCUUUUUGUGAUUUCUUGUCUAUUAAAAAAUCAGUGUGGCACGAGCAAAUUUUUGUUCUGCAAGUAUGGCUCAGAGAAAAAAAAGUUUGAGAACCGCUAUGUAACAUUCAGAGCAAGACUGGCUCUCGUAUAGAAGAUGUCCCAGUUAAGUUAGGUUUGUUUCUUUGUGUCAUAAAACAUGUGCACUGCUUGUUUGUUUUAACAAAAAACCUCAAAGCAGUUUGCAAAAAGAGAAAUGGAGAAAAAAUGGCAACAAUAUCAAAGUGUACAAAAAGUUACAGUACCGAAACAAAUUAAAAUUUACACCAACUUUCUUCACAACGACUCCGUGGUUGUAUGGAAACCAAGGCACCUGGUGGAGGCAGAAGAAGGGAUUUGUUAUGAUGCAUAUUUUGUGAAACUCUGUGCCAAUUGAGCAGCAAGCAAAGUAUACAUAACAUUACCCUGUCUGCUUUGCUGGCAUCUUGACAGAACCAAGUUGUUAAUGGAUUACUUUUAUGUUUUGUUUCUAAACCGCUCCUUCUUUGCACAGGAGCGUGUUUUUGCUCUGAGUCCGCCCAUGAAGAGCGCUAUACAUCAAAUUCUGCUUUCUAUCAAACUUUGCUUUCUAGCCAUUUGCCCUGGUGUGGGGCUGGGUUUUCCAGGAUUGCUAGGAAACGGGGGCUCCUCUGCUACCCAGUAGCCAUGCCCAGUGGUGAUUUUCAGACCGGGCAGUACAGUGGUACUUUGGUUUACGAACUUAAUCCGUUCCGGAAGUCUGUUCUUAAACCAAAGCGUUCUUAAACCAUUCCCAUAGCAGCAGGGGACUCAAUUUACACGUGGAACACACUCAUCAUUAAGCAGAACAUGUUCUGCUUCCAAGGCAAAGUUCACAAACCAAAACACCUACUUCUGGGUUUGCAGCGUUCUUAAUCCAAAUUGUUCGUAAACUAAGCUGUUCUUAAACCAAGGUCCCACUGUGUUUUGUGUCGCGGCACUGUGAGGACGCAGUGAUACUGUUGGACCUGAGUUCCAGUCCUCGCAGAACCAUGACUCUUGCUGAAUUGCCGCUGGAAUUCUUGCGAAGCUAAACUGGAACGACUCCUUGCGCUCUGCUCCGGCUCCCUUGAAGGAGGUGUGUGUGUUGCAAAGUCGAGAAGGCGACUUCCUUGUUCACAUUGAACCGUGGUUUGUUCUAAGCAGCAGUUUAAUGUGACUGUUCAGGGAGCGCUCGCCAUGGGCUCCCGUGAAGAGAACCAUCCGUCAGCCUGAGAGGAGUCUUGGCGUUUAAUACUUUGAACCAUUUAUUUGUUUUAUUGCAUUUUGAGUUGUAACCUGCCUUGAGCGCCUCGGCCGAACGGGAGAAUAUAAAUGCAUCCAAUGAGAUAAAGGGGGGCAGUGAGACUCGGCACCCACCUGUGUCUCCCUCCGGUGCAACGGUUGGAGUCACAGGGGCCCUUGAGUCUGCCAGGGAGCAGUGUUAAAAAUUUCCCAGGUGCGUUUUGCAAGUGGCGUGGGUCCAAUUGCGACCAUAAUAAUAAUAGUAAUAAUAAUAAUUUAUUAUUUGUACCCCGCCCAUCUGGCUGGGUUUCCCCAGCCACUCUGGGCGGCUUCCACAGAGACCAAAAAUACACUAAAAUGUCACACAUUAAAAACUUCCCUGAAGUUUAGGAGAUGUCUUCUAAAUGUCAGGUAGUUGUUCUCUUUGACAUCUGGUGGGAGGGUGUUCCACAGGGCGUGCCACUACCGAGAAGGCCCUCUGCCUGGAUCCCUGUAACUUGGCUUCUCGCCGUGAGGGAACCGCCAGAAGGCCCUCAGCGUUGGACCUCAGCGUCCGGGCAGAACGAUGGGGGUGGAGACGCUCCUUCAGGUAUACUGAAGGUAUACUCCAGACCACAUGGAGAUUUCUGGACUCCAAGUUGGCACCUGACAUCUCCAUCUGGCUGGCCCCUCCAACUUUCUUAAGCAGGUCAGCAGACUAGCUUAUUUUUCACCUUUAUAUCCCACUUUUUCCUCCAAGGAGGACCUGGCCCAUUAAUCCCUACAACAAUCCUGUGAGGUAGGCUAAGAGGCUGUGACUGACUCCAAGGUCACCCAGUGAGUGGGGAUUCGAACCCUGAUCUCCCAGGUCCUCAUCUGGCACUCACCAUGACACCCCACUGCCUUCCUAGAGUCCUUCUGCUAUGGGGCAGCUUUAGAAAUUAAGUAGGUAAAUAAAUAUGGGGAAAGCAAAAUGUCCCUUAGAGCAGGACCCGAACUGUUUUCCUUGAAGCUUGAGUUUAUUUCAUUUUGCAUUGUCUUAUUUGAAGUUUUAAUGUGUUGUAAACUGCUUUGAGAUCCCCCCCCCCUUUAAAAUAUAAAGCGGUAUAGAAAUGAAAUUAACAACAACGGCCCCGUUUUUUAAAAAGGGCACUAGGACAUUCCAUUGUGGCAACCACAACCCAAAGGUUCCGUUUGGCGAUUAGCUCAUAUCUCUGAGUUUCUCGCACUGCCUAAGCGAUAACAGCCUGUCCACAGCAGAGCAGAAUCUCAGCCUGCAGAAGGUCUCCAUGAAAGGCCUCUACUCGGAAGACUUCAGAAAGCCAGGGAUGGUUAACAGAGCCAUCCUGAGCAGAUCAGCUGGCGAAAUCCCAGGGCAGCUUCUGUCGUGGGUCGCUCAGAAGCCACGCAGGCCUGAGCUUGCUGUGGGCGCAGGGGGGCCCAAACUUCUUUCAAAGAGGGCCAGAUUUGAUGAAAUGAACAUGCGUGAGCUUUUUUUAAGCUUGAGGUUGUUGAGCUUUUUUCUAAGAUUUGACCCCAAGAAAAUAAACUGCCACUGGGGCUGGAUGAAACCGGCCAGGGGGCUGGAUUAGGCCCCCAAAACGGACUUUAGACAUGCCUGCUGUAGGGAGCGACGUGGGGCAGGGCUCCUGCAAGAAGGAGCGGCCGUAGCUCCCUGGCAAUGCACAGGCACAGGCUGCUAGCCCACUUGGUGACCCAUAAUAAUAAAUAAUAUAAAAAUUUUAUUUAUACCCCACCCUUCCCGGUUCAGGAAACCGGGCUCAGGGAGGCUAACAACAAAUUUAAAACACUUAAUUGAUGCUACGAUAAAAAACCCCACAGCAUAAAAUAUGGUAUAAAGUGUGGAUAACAAUUUAGGGGGGAAAUCCAUCUAAUAAACAUUUGAUGAUCACCAGGGCUAGCUGGCUAAAUUAGUCCCACUUGGGUCAGCGAGGAGACCAGGGGAGAACCAGCUGUGGGAUCCCAGAGUGGGUGAUCUUCAUAAAAAGGGAUGGGGAGGGGAGGAAGGGGAAUAAAAGAUCAGGCUAAGUAGCUCUGUCUUACAGGCCCUGCGGAAGGAAGUUAAAUCCUGCAGGGCCCUGGUCUCAUGGGACAAAGCAUUCCACCAGGUCGGAGCCAUCACUGAGAAAGCCCUGGCCCUGGUGGAGGAUAGUCUGACUUCCUUAGGGCUCAGGACCUCUAAACUAUGGUUAUUCAUGGACCUUAAGGUCCUUUGUGGGACAUACCAGGAGAGGCGACCCCAUAGAUACGAGGGCCCUAAGCCACAAAGGGCUUUAAAGGUCAAGACCAGCACCUUAAACCUGACCCGAUACUCCAGCAGGAGCCAGUGCAACUGGUAAAGGACUGGGUGAAUAUGCUCCCUAGACCAGUGGUUUGGGCCACUGCCCUCUUCUUGCCAUAAACUCAUCCCCUUUGCCUCCUGCCCUUUGCGUUUUUCAGAAUAGCGGUUUGCACUGCCCUCGAAGGAUGAUAACAACACAAUAAAAUUCAGGAGAGGUAACAAAUAGGGUGAUUGUUAUUUAUCUGCGCAGCCAAAGCCAUUACAGAGCAAAUGCAUAAAACACAUUAUUAAAACCAGGUAAUUCCGCCAGGUAAGAGUUGGUUCCCCUGAAGAACCUAACGCAUCCCCAGAAACUUUUCUCCUUAAAAUCGCCACUCUAUAGGCAAAACAGCCCAGUUUUUCAGAAAUGGGGGGGACGACCUGUCCCCUAAUAAAAAGUUAAUCACAUACCCAGUCGAUCUCUCAGCUGGGAGAUUUACAUCUUUGAAGAAGGGUGCUCUUAAGUCAUCGAUCGGCCAAAACAGUCAAUUGCACAUUUAUUCAAAGUGCAAUUAAAACUAUCCAGUUUAAUUAAUCCAACCCCUUGGUCCAGCGGCGGCAACUUUUCAAAUUCUGUUUGUCGUUUGCAGUCCCUGUUGCCCCCUUGCCUCUUUGCACCCCUUUAAGCAUCCCCACUGCUCUCCAGGGGGUGGUAUCGCCCCCCUGGGGGAACCACUGCUGCAGAUGUUCUGGGCUACAAGUCCCAUCAGCCCCAAGCGGCAGGCCUGUUCUGGCUGAUGGCUGCUGUAGUCCAAAGCAUCUGGAAGGCACCAGGUUGGGGAAAGGCUGGGAGAGGCAGUGGUGGGCUCAUGUCUUGCCCUGGCAGGAGACAUCUCCCUGGGUUUUCCUGCCUUCCUUUGGUGGUUGGAAGAGAAACAGCCCCAAAGUGCCCUUUGUCCCUCCGUUCCAAAGCUUGCAUCUGUGAAUUUUUUUUUUUACUUCGGUCACAGACAAGUGCCAGCCCACAUACCAUAUCAAGGAAGCCAUAAAACACGAUAGGGAUACAUUUGAAUUUGCAAUUAGGUAUAACAGGAACAAUACAGAUAUUUGUUGUUGUUCAGUCAUUUAGUCGUGUCCGCCUCUUCGUGACCCCCUGGACCAGAGCAUGCCAGGCACUCCUCUCUCCCACUGCCUCCCGCAGUUUGGUCAAACUCAUGCUGGUAGCUUCGAGAACACUGUCCCACCAUCUCGUCCCCUUCUCCUUGGGCUCUCCAUCUUUCCCAAUAUCAGGGUCUUUUCCAGGGAGUCUUCUCUUCUCAUGAGGUGGCCAAAGUCUUGGAGCCUCAGCUUCAGGAUCUGUCCUUCCAGUGAGCACUCAGGGCUGAUUUCCUUCAGAAUGGAGAGGUUUAAUCUUCUUGCAGUCCAUGGGACUCUCCAGAGUCUCCUCCAGCACCAGAAUUCAAAAGCAUCAAUUCUUCAGCGAUCAGCCUUCUUGAUGGUCCAGCUCUCACUUCCAUACAUCACUACUGGGAAAACCAUAGCUUUAACUAUACAGACCUUUGUUGGCAAGGUGAUGUCUCUACUAAUACAGAUAUAGCAACAGUUAAAAAUAUAUAUAAAUUAAAACUUAGUCGCUAACAUAUAACCUAAAAUUAUCAUUUAAGCAGGCCUUAAUCAUUACGAUACCACAGCUUGUUCCCUAAGUUUAAUGGCAGUUGCACAGAAUUUGGCUACCCUUAACGUGAUCUCAGGAUCCUUUUCCUCUACAAGGACUCAGUUCCAAAGCUUGCAUGUGUGAAAACAGGAGAAACGCUGGGCAGCAAGUUCUGUUUUCAGCCCCUUUCGCAAGCAGCCUUUGCGGUUUCCUCACCUGACACCCUCCCUCUUUCAGACAAAGAACCACACCUUGGGGAUUGGUUUCCAGGUUGCCGCUUUGAGGGAGGGGGGCAAAGCUAUCCAGUGCAUAACCUGCAUAAUUUUUUAUGCUGCCCCCCUCAUAGAAUUGGAAGGGACCCCGAGAUCAUAAUAUCUCCUCUGCUUCCCUGCCCCCCUUUGAAGACAAUAGCCCUGGCUUCUCCCACCGGUAGUCUUGCAAGAAAAGGGCUGCGAGAUGCUCAGCGCUUUUAACAUCUGCUGGGGCUUCAGCAAAAAGCAAAUCUAUCUGAGCUUCUUGGAAAAAAAGCCCGCAGAAGCCUUUCUUGAGGUUUCCUUCUUUUGCUCAACCUUUUCGUUCUUGUUUACAAACAUCCCCUUUCUGUGCACACCUCUCGAGGUUUCCUCUAAACUGCUUUUCUUCCUCCGGACAUGAAUGAGAUCGGCCGUCUUCAGUAUAUUUGAAUAAUAAUAAUAAUGUGCUUUUCAUGCAUUAAAGGCAAGCAGGUAGCGCACCCCCUGACACCCUCUUGGUCGUGAAGCUUAGUGGCUGUGCUUGGGCUGGGAAGGGGUGGAGCAGCUGUCUUGCAUGCAGAACGCCCCAGACACAGGUGGUGCAAGGCUGAGACACAUUCUUCCUCAUCGGAAGUGCUCAAGAGCCGCUGCCGGCCAGUGCAGCCUGCACUGAGCUGCCUGGGUCACUCGUCUUGACUCUGUGGAAGACAGCUUCCUAGUCAACCAUCGGUCAGCCGGAGCUACCUUGAGAGCACAAAACAAGGGGGAAGAAGCCUUUGGAAGUACAAUACGAGUUCCCUGCCUAUGGGGCCCAAAGUGGCUCUUCUUUCUCCUUGCAUUGCACAAUUUUUAACUUGCAGGAUUUGCUCCUGCGAGCUCCGGUGAUUGACAGUUGUGGGUUAGGCAGAUUCGCGGGGUCAAUAGGAGAACUGUUCAGCUGCCGUGAGCUCAGUGGAGCCUCCAUGCCCAGAGGCAGCCUACCCCUGUGUCGCAGGUAAAGGUAAAGGGACCCCUGACCAUUAGGUCCAGUCGUGGCCGACUCUGGGGUUGCGGCGCUCAUCUCGCUUUACUGGCCGAGGGAGCCGGCGUACAGCUUCCGGGUCAUGUGGCCAGCAUGACUAAGCCGCUUCUGGUGAACCAGAGCAGUGCACGGAAAUGCCGUUUACCUUCCCGCCAGAGUGGUGCCUAUUUAUCUACUUGCACUUUAAUGUGCUUUCGAACUGCUAGGUUGGCAGGAGCAGGGACAGAGCAAUGGGAGCCCACCCCGUCGCGGGGAUUCAAACCGCCGACCUUUUGAUCAGCAAGUCCUAGGCUCUGUGGUUUAACCCACAGCGCCACCCGUGUCGCAGGAACCUGGAGCUAAAAAAAACAAAAACAGGAACAGUGCCUGCUUAGCAGUUUUCCAGGUUGCUUCCAGCUGGCCGGCUGUUGGAAUCGCAGCCCCUGUCCAGUGGCAACACUCCCCCCCCCUUGCCCAUUGACCCUCUGCAAGAAAAUUGGCCUUUUUUGAAAUGUGGUUCUUUGGGGUUGGCUGCUUUUGUGGGAGCAACUUCUCCUCCUCGUCUUCUAAGAAUGUCAGCAAUCCUUCUGUGAAAGCGAGGUGGGUGGGGACUCCCAGCCCUUCCUCUCCACCCCUCCCUUGGGAGUCUGAUCUCAUCAGCUCAGCUUUCCCCCCCCCCCGCCCCCCCUUCUUGCUUUGGUAGCUGUUUCACUUGCCUAAUUUGGUGCGCCUUUGCCUCGCCGUGCCCUGAUUGGCCAUCCGGGGCAGGGAAGGAAGGGGGGGGGCACUUUUUGCAGAUCCUAAGUUUACUUUCCUUUCUGGAAACCGGAGCCUCGGCUGGCCUCUCCCCUUCCUAUUCCUCCCCACACUUAAGGGGCAGGGCUUUCUAACUGCAAGGGAACAGAAACCCAAAGCGGGCAGAGGCAGCCUGGCAGCGCCCAGCAAACGAUCCCUUGACCCCUUCUGCCUCUUGCCCGCCUCUCUGUUUACUUCCCAGAAAUCUCCCCUCCUCUUUGCAAAAAGAACCUCUUCCGUUUCUUUUUUCUCUCCCCCUUCUUGAAAGUUUGCAUUUCCUUUUUCCCCGGCACCUGGAGAAAAGUUGAGUCAACUAAACGCAGCCCAGCAUGCUCACUUCAGCCGUUCCACUGUGGAAACUGCUGCUGCUUUGAGAAAUUAUUAUUAGACCCCUCCUCCUCCUCCGCUUCCCCUCCUUUCCCCCUUCUUCUGAAUUUCCUUUUUUCGAUUAAGCAAUUAAUUGCUUUGCCGCUAGCAGACACUGUUGCUUUUAUUCCACGUUUUAUUCCUGUACCGCUUUGUACCUUAAAGGAAAAUAACUCGAGGCGGUUUGCGGCGCGUUAAAACGUCAAAUGAAACAAACCCAGAGGAAAACGACAGCUGGGUUGGUUAGAGCGUGGCUCUGAGAACGCCAAGGUUGCAGGUUCGAGCCCCAUCACGGGCAGCAGCUGAAUAUUCCUGCAUUGCAAGGGGUUUGGACUAGAUCAGGGGUCAGCAACCUUUUUCAGCCAUGGGCUGUUCCACCGUCCCUCAGACCUUCUGGGGGGCUGGACUAUAUUUUGAAAAAAUAAUGAACGAAUUCCUGUGCCCCACAAAUAACCCAGAGAGGCAUUUUAAAUAAAAGCACACUUUUUUUUUUUUUUUUGCAAGAUAAUCUUUAUUAGUUUUUUAGUUACAUACUAUACAUACACAUAUUACAUUACUUUUUACAUUUAUACUUGCUCCUAAGAGCUGACUUCCCUCCUUCCUUCUUCUGGCUUUUUUGUGUCAUCUCUUGAUUUUUCGCAUUGUCUUUAUCCAAUUUGUAUAUAAUCUUCCAUAAAAUGUCUGUAGACAAAUACCGUAUUUUUCGCCCUAUAGGACGCACUUUUUCCCCUCCAAAAAUGAGGGGGAAAUGUGUGUGCGUCCUAUGGGGCGAAUGCAGGCUUUCGCUGAAGCCUGGAGAGCGAGAGGGGUCGGUGCGCUGGGCUCCCACGGCUUGCAGAGAGCUGCCUGUUUGGGAGCUGGGGUCGGGGGAAGCUCGGGCCUCCCCCGCCCCAGCCCCGCGCCUGGGGGGAAAUAAUUUUUUUCCCUUUAUUUCCCCCCCAAAAAACUAGGUGCGCUUUAUGGGACGGUGCAUCCCAUAGGGCGAAAAAUACGGUAAAUCUUUCUAUAUAUACAAUUCUUGCUGUCUGUCUGUAUUCAUUAUAAAUACUGUUAGUUACAUUGGUCACUUUAUACAUUUUUACUUCUUAUUGUUAUUAUUUCCCCCGUUAAUUUAGCUAUUUCAGCGUAUUCCAUUACCUUCUGACGCCAUUCUUCUAACCUUGUAUUGCCACUCUUCUAAUGUUGGCAUUUGUUGCUGUUUCCAAACCUGGGCCAACAAUAACCUUGCCGCUGAUGUUGCAUAUAAAAACAGUUUCUGGUCAUUCUUAAGAAAGAAUUCGAAAAGCACACAUUCUACUCAUGUAAAAAAAAACCAGGCAGGCCCCACAAAGAACCCAGAGAUGCAUUUUAAAUAAAAGGACACAUUCUACUCAUGUAAAAACACGCUGAUUCCCAGACUGUCCGUGGGCCAGAUUUAGAAGGCGAUUGUGCCGGAUCCGGCCCCCGGGCCUUUGUUUGCCUACCCUUGGACUAGAAUCCGCGGUUCUCAACCUGUGGGUCUCCAGAUGUUGUUGGACUACAACUCCCAUCAUCCCUGAGCUCUGGCCUUGCUAGCUAGGGAUGAUGGGAGUUGUAGUCCAACUACAUCUGGGGGCCCACAGGUUGAGAACCGCUGGACUAGAUGAUCCAAUGCAGUUGUCUACCGGUAUGAAAAGCACAUGAGUAUACAGGAACCUUAUCUGGUCCGCGGGUCAGAUUGAGAAGGCGAAUGGGCCGCAUCCGGCCACCGGGCCUUAGGUUGCCUACCCCUGGACUAGGUGAUGCUCAGAGUCCUUUCCAACUCGCUAUGAUUCUGCGAAACUUGGGCUUCAAGGGAAAUAGUUUAGGUCCUUCUCUAAGGGACAUCCUCCCAGGACCUGGGAGAUCAGAGUUCGAGAACAUAGGAAGUCAGUGGCCCUCGCGGCCCAGCAUUCUCUUCUUGCAGAUGCCCCUGAGGGAAAACCCAUGCUCCCCCCAGGGUCUCCAGCAGCUGAAAUAUUUGCCUCUGACAGUCAUUGAGAACCCUCCACAAAAAAAUAACUUACUGCUUUUUUCAGGGUUUCAGUGAGGGAGGAAAUGACCCACGCCUGCUGGACUGAGCCCCGCUUGUUUUGUGCUUUGUUUCAGAUAUGGGGCGUGCAUUUUUGUGGUAAAAAAUAAAGCAUUAAAAAGGGGAUGGGGAGCUUGUAUUGCCAUGUUGCACAACUGAGAGAAAUGGGGAAUUCGGCCUUGCAAGAGAAAGCCAAUAGAAACAUCCUGUCUGUGAGAUCAUGCUCACUUAGGACGGCCAAAACAGCAGCCGGUUUCAAGCAAAGAUUUUGCAGACAUUAGGUAGGAGGCACUUUUGUUUUUUUAGGUUGCCUGGGAUGGGGGAGAGUACAAAUCAGGCCCUUUUGAGGGCUCUGGUGUGGCCUCUCCACAAUUCUGCCUUGUUCCAGAACCAAAUCAGCUUCGGGACUCGAUAGUCAAAACAAGCUAAAACUCUGCAAUGGCUGCUAAACGCAAAGCUUUUGAGCCAGCCGGUUUUUAAAAAACCAUUGAAGUUCUUACUGCCUGGGAGGAAGGAAGAAGCCCCUUCGCAGAGAGAGGGUGUCAUCCAAAACAGGGCUGGUGCUCAGCAAAUUCACUGCAAUAUUGUAUUGAUUGUUCGGACAAAUUUGUUGUUGACGCUUGCUCAGUUUAUAGGUUACCGUGUUUGACUCUGUAGUUUGCGUUUGGGUCGCCGCUAAUGUUAGCAUUUUUUAAAAAAUAAAUUUUAUUAGUUUUUUAACAUUUCAUCUUCAACAAUAAUUAAACAUACUUUUAUAUCUUAUACAGUUUUUUUGACUUCCAUCAAUCACAUCUGAAAAUUUUCCAAUCUAUUCCCUUAAUUUACAUUUCUUACUUUCACUAUUACAUUUAGAUCUCAUAACUAAUAUCUCUUUCUCUACUUUGCAGUGUUUCAUAUAUUCCUCCUUACAAAACCUCUUGUAGUCCUACUAGCGUAAUUUGUUGAUUACAGUUGCUCUUCAGAUAAUUCAUAUAUUUCCUCCAAUCUUCUGUGAAUCUCCGGUCCCGCAGGUUUCGAAUCCUUCCUGUCAUUUUAUCUAAUUCUGCGUAGUCCAUUAAUUUUGUCUGCCAUUCUUCUUUCGUCGGACCGCUGAUGUUAGCAUUUGUUGCUGGGAAAGCGGGAUGCAAAUAUCAAACCAGAAUCAGCUCAGCUGGUAGAGUGUGAGACUCUAAUCUCAGAGUCAUGGGUUUGAUUCCCCACAUUGGGCAAAAGAUUCCUGCAUUUUAGGGGGUUGGACUAGAUGACCCUCGUGGUCCCUCCCAAUUCUGCAAUUCUAGGAUUCUCCUUCCUCUCUCGUUUCCUCUUUGGACUGGCCUUAACAUGUAGCAGGCAGAACUGGGAUGAAGGUGAUAGCGCAGCCUGUCCCACUUCAGAUGGGGAGGUGGAGAGAUCUCACUUUCUCUUAGGGCUCCCCUGCCAGAAAAAAAGUCAACUCAGGAGGGGCCGAUCUCUGUGUGCCUCUUCCAAGGGAGCAGAAAGGGGAGAAAAGGCCUUUUCUUUUCUUUUUAAGGAUAAUCUAUUGGUUUUUCAGUUACAUACUCCACAUACACAUAUUGCAUUACAUUUUACAUUUAUACUUGCUCCUAAGAGCUGGCUUCCCUCCUUCCUUCUUCUGGCUUUUUCAUAUCGCAUCUAAAUUUUUCGCAUUGUCUUCAUCCAUUUUGUAUGCAGUGGUACCUCGGGUUAAGUACUUAAUUCGUUCCGGAGGUCCGUACUUAACCUGAAACUGUUCUUAACCUGAAGCACCACUUUAGCUAAUGGGGACUCCUCCUGCCACCACACUGCCGGAGCACGAUUUCUGUUCUCAUCCUGAAGCAAAGUUCUCAACCUGAAGCACUUUUUCUGGGUUAGCGGAGUCUGUAACCUGAAGUGUAUGUAAUCUGAAGCGUAUGUAACCCGAGGUACCACUGUAUUCUUCUUCUUCUUCCAUAUUUGUCCAUAGAAUAUCUCUAAACAAACAAAUCCUUCUAUAUAUACAAUUGUUGUCUGUCUAUAUUCAUUUACAGCUACUGUCAGUUACAUUAGUCACAUUGUACAUUUUACUUCUUAUUGUUUUUAUUAUCCAGUAAAUUUCUUUGUAUUUUACAUUGUGAGGUUUGUUUCAGUUCUACUGGUUUCACUAUUUCACCUUAUCUUUCCUAUGUACAACAUUAAAUUUUCCCAUUCUUUUUGAAAUGUUUCAUCGCCCUGUUCUCGAAUUUCCCCCGUUAAUUUAGCCAUUUCAGCGUAUUCCAUUACCUUCUGUCGCCAUUCUUCUACUGUUGGCAAUUGCUGUUGUUUCCAAACCUGGGCUAAUAAUAACCUCGCCGCUGUGAGAAAAGGCCUUUUCGGUGGUGGCCCCUCGGCUAGCAGAUUCGCUUUGCCAGCUUCAUAGGCACGAGGCAAAGACAUUCCUGUCUUCCCAGCCAUUUUUAACUUGAUUUGCAGUUUGAUUUUUGGCUCGUUUUCAGCGCUCAACUUUUAGCUAGAUGUUCUCGAUUGUUUCUGGUCCAUGGUUUUGUUACUUUAGGUUUAGGCUGUUUCAUGGUGGUUCUUAAUGUUGCAAGUUGCUUUUCCCCAUUAAAAAGAUGAAUACGUUUUUUAAAUGUAUAUCAUAGAAAACAAACCCGGCAACCAGAUUGAGCAGAUUGACCCUAGAACCUCUAAACCUAAGUUUUACGUUCAAGGAAUCUAUGUGUUUUUGUUUUGUUUUUCCCCACGUGGGGACCUGGGACAUCUGUGCCAACUUGAAUGCUUCUCCUGCAAACUCUGUGAAAUGCAGGUAACUGCGACGAUCGUGGGCCGGAAGCCACACAGGUUGCUUUGCCAGUAUCGCAACAGCAGCUGCCCUGAACAUAUUGGAGUUCCCUGCGUGGACCACAGAAGACGGCUGCAUUGGUGGCGCACGAGAAAGAGGGGAAACGAAACUCUGCAGGAGCUCGCUGUCAAGGGAAAUGAGUGACGCGGAGCCACAGAGCGUGAAAGGGGGAGGCCGGCUUAGAUUUGUGUUCAUCUUCUAGUCUCAGAUCAGUGCAGAUUUGAUUCUCGAGAUAGCUUACAUUCAAAAAAAAAUAUGCUUUCAAUAUAAUUGCCUUGCCUUCUCCCCGGAGAUGCGCGUCCUUUGCAAAUGUCCGCGGUCUUCAGAUGUGUGCAUUCUGUUUCUCGUAACGCAUGUCUAAAUUGAAUUGUGCCCUAAUUGGAAACAGCAGGGUUUUAUGGGGAAAGCAUGAGGCUGGAAUUGCUCAGAUUAUCUUCAUUGCUCGCUCGCUCUUUCUUUCUCGUUUGGGUCGUGUUGGCAAUGCCUCCCGGGAGACUCUGUGGCUGGCGUGUCACAUUUCGAUCUCGCGUAUCGAAAUGCUCGUCAGGAUCGCUGGCUGUCUCGGGCUAGCCGGUGGCCGCAACACGAUGAAGAGCCAUGUGCCAGUUUCUGUCGCCUUAGUAAAGGUAAAGGGACCCCUGACUGUUAGGUCCAGUCAUGGCCGACUCUGGGGUUGCAGCGCUCAUCUCGCUUUAUUGGCCGAGGGAGCCGGUGUACAGCUUCCAGGUCAUGUGGCCAGCAUGAUUAAGCCGCUUCUUGUGAACCAGAGCAGCGCACGGAAACGCCGUUUACCUUCCCGCCGGAGUGGUACCUAUUUAUCUAUUUGCACUUUGAUGUGCUUUCGAACUGCUAGGUUGGCAGGAGCAGGAACCGAGCAACGGGAGCUCACCCCGUCGGGGGGAUUCGAACCGCCGACCUUCUGAUCAGCAAGUCCUAGGCUCUGUGGUUUAACCCACAGUGCCACCCGCGUCCCUUUGUCGCCUUAGGCAAACUUUAAGUCUGUGCUAGGUUUGUUUUCUGCCUUAGUUUUGCACCUCUAAAAUGGGAGCAAAGGUACCCUCCCCAGAGUUCGUUAUGAGAAUGAAUAAUGCGCUUGAUAGAAUACAACGGUCCUCUAAAAUUUAUCUCAAGUGUGUGCCGUGCAAAUAAAAGAUGUCAUCUAAAUCCGGGACGGGUUGGGAUCUGUGUUCGAAAUUAGCCAGGCACACACUAAUACCCCAUCCUGUAGAAUUCUAUCAGUUAUGUUUUAUCUGCACAAUUGGAACGAAUUUCUGGAACUAAAUUGCUUUUUCUGUGCAGCCUGAGCAGCAGCCGUCAGCAUAAAGAAAAAGAGGUCGGAAUAGGCCAAUAUAUAUGUGGACUGUCGCUGGAUCAAGCAACUUUUCUUCUUUAAGUACUCAAAGCUCUCAACCUAGCUGAAAGUUGUCAUCUGAACUACCCAGAUAUUCAACCGAGAAUCAAUCACGGUCAGUCCAUCACUUGAGAAAUAAGACUUUUAAGCCAUCUUGUCCCAAAAUGGCAGCUAGACAUUCCAUUUUUGGCAACAGCAAUCUUGGUUUCAGGAGCUAUUUGACUCCUGGCUUAUAUAUCUGAGUUGAGAUCUGUGGCUCUCCAGAGGUUGUAAGGCUACAAAUCCCACCAGCCCCUUCUGGCACAACCGCAAGCACUAAACCAGGAACAAACCUUGGUUACAGCUCAUGGUCUGUUGGGAGUAAGUCAACUACAAAGCUUUGCACUGAGCAAAACCACAGCUUAGUUUCUGAGGAGCAAUGACAGCAGAAGGGCUGAACGAAGCAGGCUGUGUUUUCCUUCUAGCUGGCUCUGUCCAAGCAAUAGUUUGGCUUGGCAUCGCAUACGGAUCAGAGCAGUUGAGGACCCCGGCAUAUCUCAGGGGCACACAGCGCAUCCUUUUCAUAGCAAAGGCUUCUGGUUGCCUUGCCGUCGUUGCCGUUUCACUGAAUCCCAAGCAGCCAGGCUAGAAUAUCCCUCUGCUUAAGAGACGCCCGGGAUCUGUUCAGAACACAGAGAAGAACUAGGCUCAAAGAAUGGCUCCUUAAAUUCACUCUAUUCAGCCAUUCACUUCAUUUGCAUCCCAUCCUAACAUGCAAGGAGUUUGGGGAGCUUUUUGAGGAGGGCUGCAGCUCGUCAGUAGAAAACAUAAGAGAAGAAUGGCAGAUGAAGUAGACGGACUAUACUGAAAUGGCUAAAAUGACCGGAAGGGUCAGAAAUCAGGAAGACCAAAAUUUUAAUAAGGAAUGGGGAAAAUUUAUAACUUAUCUUAAAGACCAUUGCAAGCAGUUAAAAUCAUUACAGUAGAACCUGUUCUUACGACCGCCUCUACUUGGGCCCGAUCCAAGUUGCGACCGCGGCAAACCCGGAAGUAAAUACCAGGUUUGCCGCGAUUCGCGCAUGCGCAGAAACGGCUUCUGCCAUUUGCUCGUGUGCAGAAUUGGCUGCCGCCGUCUGCACAUGCGCACCGCCGCCGAAUGUACCUGCGCACAACGACACUUCUAUCAGAGACCCGGAUCGACUUACAGAUGGACCUCAGGAACUGAUUACAUCCAUUGAGUAGAGGUUCCACUGUAUUAGGAUUAGAAUAUCACUUGUAGUUUAAGGUUGAAUUCUGGACACAGUGGAGAUGCAAAGGAUUUGGACUGUCAUAAAAGAUGCGGGAGGAAAUAAUAGGACCCACAAAGGGGGAGGAUGGAAGUCCAGAAUAGAUAGAGAGAUAGGUGUAUAUAUAUAGAUAUAUAGUGAGAGACGAGACUCUUAAUCUCAGGGCUGUGAGUUGGAGCCCCAUGUUUCGCGAAAAGUUUCCUGCAUUGCAGGGGGUUGGACUAAAGACCCUUGUGAUCCCUUCCAGCUCUACAAUUCUGUUAUGAUUCUGUGAUCAGGCCCAUGGCCCACCUGUUCUCACCGCGGCCAAGUAGAUACCUGUGGGAAACCCACAAUCAGGAUUCGAACCCAAGAGCCCUCUCCCGUCCCGUGGUUUCCAGCCACUGAUAUUCAGAAACAUCACCAUCUGAGCACAGCCACUGCGGAGGGUAGCCAUCUAUAGUCCUUUCCUCCAUAAAUUUGUCCAAUCUGCUUUUAAAGUGGCCAUCGCUGUUUCCGGUGGAAGGGAGUUCCAUAGUUUAACUAUGCGCUCUGCGUAAAGAACUCCAUCCUUUUUAUCUGUCCUGAAUCUUCCAACAUUCGGCUCCAUCGGACGGCCGUGAAUUCUGGUAUUAUGAGAGAGGGAGGAACGCUUUCCUCUCUCCACUUUCUCCAUGCCACACAUAUGUUCACAAACUCCUAUUAUGGUGCCUCUUACUUUCCUUUUCUCUAAGCCAAAAUGUCCCCAAUGCUGCCACCUUUCCUCACUGGGGAGUCACUGAAUCCCCUCCCAUCAUUUGAGUUUUCCUUUUCUGAGCCUGUUCCAGAUCCACAAUAUCUCCAUAAUCUUGGUUGUGGAUGGUACCCCUUUUUGCUGCAUAAGAAUAAGUACUUGGGUGCUAGUUUGGUUUUAUUAUUACAGUGGACGCUCAGGUUGCUAACAUGAUUCGUGCGGGAGGCACGUUCGCAACCUGCAGCGCCGCGUCUGCACACAUGCGGGUCAGGAUUCGGUGCUUUUGUGCAAAGCACGAUUUAGCAUCUCUGCGCAUGCACAAGCGCCGAAACCCAGAAGUAACCCAUUCCGGUACUUCUGGGUUCCGCGCAGUGCGCAACCCGAAAACGCACAACCUGACACGUCUGUAACCCGAGGUAUGAUUAUAUAGCUUUGUUUUUCUAUUAGAGAUGUACCUUCCUACACCUCUCUCUCUCUCUCUCCCCCACUGGCAGUUUUCUCUGAUGUCUUUUUAAUUGGCACGGCAAGCUUGUUAACCUGUAGACUGUAUUCAGUGCAUAAUGGAAAGUUCCUAAGACAAUCCGCUCCCAUUUCCACGUUAUCCUAAACCACAGGGCUCUGAUUUCGCUGGCUUGGGAUGCAACUCCAUUUUUUGUUCCGCGAAGCAAAUGCAGAGGCACAUGUGUCUGUGUCUCGUAGACCAAGGAUUGCGGAUGUACAUGAAUAAUUCUCGGUCUGUAGGACAAAUUGACACACACAGAGAAGCGAAUCACAGCUGGCUGAGUGUGUGAUCAACAUCUCCGGGUGGAAUAAUUUUUCCUGCCAGUACAGAUUCCAAGAAAUCACAAGUCUUGACUGUGAGCAAUAGGGCUUGCCCCUGAGUAGCCUUCCACUCAGACUGGGCAGUCGGACCAGCAGCCCCCCCACCCCACCCCCAAUGUCUUGCAACCUUCUUCCCGACAGAGAUGCAUCUGGCACCGACAUUGUGGAGUUUCAGUCAUGUGCUGAAGAUGCAGAACUUUAUCCUAGCCUUUGACAGCUGACAGACAGACAGUUGAUAGCUUGAUAGAUUGAUGAUGGAUAAUAAAUAAUGGUAGAUAGACAUGCACACAACAUAUGACCUACCCUUCAUUCAUUCAUUUAUACCCCACCCAUCUGGACUCUUAAUUUGUUUUAAGUGAUUUUAAUACUGUACAGUGGUCCCUUGGUUCUCAAACUUAAUCCGUUCCAGAAGAACGUUCCAAAACCAAGGUGUGCUUUCCCAUAGAAAGUAAGGCAAAAUGGAUUAAUCCGUUCCAGACUUUUAAAAACAAACCCUAAAACAGCAAUUUAACAUGAAUUUUACUCUCUAACGAGACCAUGGAUCCAUAAAAUGAAAGCAAUAAACAAUGUACUGCAGUUACACAAUCAGUCAAUCAGCAGCUGAACUGGGUUCCACACUGUCAUAAAAAACAAAACAAAAGAGCCACAGAAACACAAAGUAAAUAGCAAAAGCAGACAGACCUCAGCGUAACACUCAAAAUGGAAGUGUGGCACUCAAAUCGGAAGCAUCAGACUCAAAACGGAGCACGUUUGGCUUCCAAAGAAAGUGCUCUUCAAAUAGUUCGUAUAUUUCUUCCAAUCUUCUGUAAAUCUCUGGUCCCGCAGAUUUCAAAUCCUUCCUGUCAUUUUGUCCAAUUCUGCGUAGUCCAUUAAUUUUGUCUGCCAUUCUUCUUUCGUCGGAAUUUCUUCUUGCUUCCAUUUCUGGGCUGCAGGGAUAUCUGCAAAUUCAGACGUGGGCACACAGACACUGAUGCAAAAGGCUUGGCCUUCCUCUCUGCACUGUGUCUUAGCAGGCCUUGUUUCGGUAGAAUUAGGAGCUGCAACAACAAUUACCUCUACCCUGAACUUGCAUUUUGCUUAGCUUUUCGGUGCCUGUGUUGAAAAGCUGAGCUUUGUGGAGGAAGAAGAGAAGACAGACAGGCAUAAAUAUCUCACAGAAUAAACAUUGGUGGUGCCACUUAAACCGUGUCCAUCGAUUGUAUUAUUUACUUCCCUAUUACAUUUCUAUCCCACAUUUUUGCUGCAAGGAGCUCAAGGUGCUUCACAUGGUCCUACUUUUUUUAACCCCCACAACAACCCUGUGAGGUCGGUCAGGCCGAGAGACAGCGACUGGCCCUGGGCCACCCAGUGAACUUCAUGGCUGAGUGGCGAUUCGGACCCUUGUCUCCCCGAUCCUAGCCCAACACUCUAACCACUGCACCACACUGCCUGUUGUAGAUUUUCCUGAUCCUUUGCCGAGGGCAUGGAGGGAACGUGUGCUGUGCAUGACUGUCAAGGGUGCUCUGAGCCCGGCUUCAGCUGGGGAGGGCGGAAUAUAAAUAACUUCUUCUUCUUCUUCUUAUUAUUAUUAUUAUUAUUCUGUUCAGAGUAGAUAGCCGGCCGCCUUCAGCUGUGGGUGCUGAGGGCUUGCUCCUUGCGGGUGACUGGAUAGCAGAAACCCCACCCUCCGCCCCGGUGUUGAAUUGCCCCGUUGCAAUUCACCCCCCUAAAAACAUUCCUUCUCUCCCCGUCCCGCACCCAGUCCAAUCUGUUUGAUAAUCUGUCUUGACCUGCUUAUGAAUCCUCCCAGUUGCUCCUGUUUUGUCUGGGAGAGGCAGCGGUUUCAGCAAGCAGUCAUUAUUUUUCUGCUUUGUUGCUUGGCACACGUUCUCUCUCUCUCUCUCUCUCUCUCUCUGCCCCCCCAGCCCCCUCCUCCAGAUUUAUAGCUCGUGCCACGAGUGCCAUCUUGUGGCACUUCUCCUCACUGUGAUUCUCCGCCGCUUUCAUUGCAUGUUGCUGCCAAAAUCUCUUGCAGCGAAAGGGAGUCGCUGCUGAUGUGGAUUAAGGAGUCUGGUAUCAAGGCCAGCAGCUUCCAAAUUCUUUCUACCUGUCCUCUAUGCAGGUGCUUGUGUUAGAAUACAAGGACGCGCGUGGCGCUGUGGUCUAAACCACUGAGCCUCUUGGGCUUGCUGAUUGGAAGGUCGGCUGUUCGAAUCCCCAACACGGGGUGAGCUCCCACUGUUUGGUCCCAGCUCCUGCCAACCUAGAAGUUUGAAAGCACACCAGUGCAAGUAGAUAAAUAGGUACCGCUCUGGCGGGAAGGUAGACGGCGUUUUUGUGUUCUCUGGUUUCUGUCACGGUGUCCCGUUGCGCCAGAAGCAGUUUAGUCCUGCUGGCCACAUUACCCGGAAAGCUGUCUGCGGACAAACGCCAGCUCCCCCGGCCUGAAAGCGAGAUGAGUGCCGCAACCCCAUAGUCACCUUUGACUGGGCUUAACCAUCCAGGGGUCCUUUACCUUUACCUUACCCUGCUUGUGUUGUAACCACAGGUGAACCGUUCCGGAAGCUCUGCAAAACACCCUCUUGGUCGUCAAGGUAACUCCACAAUUAAUAGGUAGUUGUUGUAUCAAGGAGCUCAUAUAGGUUUAUAGUCACUCGCUUUGAUAUAAGCUAAUUGUCUGGCUUUGAUGCUGUCCUUAUCUCUGUGGGGUUUGGUGCGCUGGGCUCUGAGCCCAGAAAGGGGAGUUUGGGUAUUUGCCACCUACGCCCUCAUCUGGUCAGUAGAUAAUCUGGUUUUUCAGCUUCAUGGCUUAUCGCCAGCUAAACAUCGUGACCUACUGAUAUGUCACGUUGUCUGAAAUAAGGAUGGAGCUGUUAUUCAACUUCGUGAUAUAUCACCAGCUAAAUGUUGUGAUACACUGAUAUAUCACAAUGUAUAUCAGGGAGCUUAAUAGGGGCCUUGACUGGCUUCACAGUUUUUCCCACAUAGUCAUUUUGAGUGGCGCAAACACAUCAAAAAUUAUGAAACCAUAUCAUGAUAUGUGCUUGAAACCAGCUUUUGACAAUAUAUUGCCCAGCCCUGAUUCGCAGUAUAUCACCAGGUCAAAAACCAUGAAACUGAUAAUCACGAUAUGGGCUUCAAACUGGUUUGGGAUGAUAUAUGGAUAUAUCGCCCAGCCCUACCGGUCAGAAGUCCUGGGAAGUCCUGGCCAAAGUGAUAUAUGCUGCUUUGUGUUAUAAGGAAUAUAUCAGUGUUCCCUUGGGUCUGGACAAACCAUCUCCUUGCUGCAGCGUCCAUCUGUAAACACUCAGAGAUCUUGUGGGCUGGUUUGCUGUAAGUGUACCCCUUUCUCUUAAUAAAGCCCUGGACCGAUUCACAAUAUACACAAUGCUACUCCCCAGACCCUACAAGACCCCCUUACCGCAAUCAAAGGCCAGUGGGGCCACAACGUGGGAUACGAAAUAAACCCUACCCAGUGGAUUAACUGUGGGGUCUAAGCCUCCCUUCGAAUCCAUCUCAGUCCAGAGAAGGGGACUCACCUUGAUUCUUACCUGUAAGGUAAAGGUAAAGGGACCCCUAACCAUUAGGUCCAGUCGUGGCCGACUCUGGGGUUGCGGCGCUCAUUUCGCUUUAUUGGCCGAGGGAGCCAGCGUACAGCUUCUGGGUCAUGUGGCCAGUAUGACUAAGCCGCUUCUGGCGAACCAGAGCAGCGCACGGAAACGCCAUUUACCUUCCCGCCAGAGCGGUACCUAUUUAUCUACUUGCACUCUGAUGUGCUUUCAAACUGCUAGGUGGGCAGGAGCAGGGACCGAGCAACGGGAGCUCACCCCGUCGCGGGGAUUUGAACCGCCAACCUUCUGAUCGGCAAGUCCUAGGCUCUGUGGUUUAACCCACAGCACCACCCGUGUCCCUAUUCUUACCUGUAGCUGGUACCUAAUGCCAUGGAAGCUGGUGCUGAUACACCCAGGAACCUGGCCUGAAUGCUGGAGAGAUUGCACCUCUACAGGCAUAUAUGUAUUUGCAGAAAAACACAGAAUAUUAUGGCAGACUCGAGGUUUGGAUUUCCGAGCUUUUCCUCCAUGUCCCUGAAUCUUCACCUGGUCACUUUUAGGAUUUCUUCGUUCCAGGACUGAGUCGGUCGUCCAGCUCAGAGGGCCACACUGAAACCAGGUCAGGGUGGAGCGGGAAUCUUCAGGGCACAAGAUUUGUAUGUCGUCCUCGUGAAUAGGAUAAAAGGCAAGCAGUAAUAGGCAGACCCCCGCAGUAAUUACUUUUCCAGUAUUUGAGGGCAGCAAGGUAUUAAAACAUUUCUUGAAAGCUCCCGAGAAAACUCUGAAGAUACGGACUGGAGAAAUGAUGAAUAUUGAACAAGCGGUGGCUUUGUUCAUUUCCGUCACUUUUCAUAUAUAUUAAUUUCUGCAAUCGGGAGGGCAGAGCUGAGAUUCCCAGGGAAACACUAAGAGGGACAUGGGCUGCCCAGAUACAUUUUGAGGGUGGUUCUGCAUUAUUUAGCCGGUUGGGAAAUCCAGCCUCCUUGUCUGCUGAUUUUAACGUUGGUCUGCGAGCAGUGGGACCCGGUUUCAAAGAUUUCCUGGGUGAUCUCGGCUCAGUGACCUGCCCAGCCAACCUGCCUGGUGGGGUUCUCUUGAGAAUAAGAUUGGGGUGGAGGAGGUGUCAAUGGAUGCUGCUCCUGAGCUUUUCUGGAGAAAUUGCAGGGAUUAGCCGUGGGAUACAUCACUGUUCCAUUUCUAUGAUGGUUUAUAAAGCCGUAAACUACUUGGGACCUAAAUGCUUUAAAGUCCCAAGGAUGGCAGCACGAGAACAGGGCCUUUUCUGCAGUGGCUCCCUGUUUGUGCGAUGCUAUCCCUGGGUGGGGAUGGGGUUUUUUUGCUGGUGCCUUCAUUACAGUGGUACCUCAGGUUACAUAUGCUUCAGGUUACAGACUCCGCUAACCCAGAAAUAGUGCUUCAGGUUAAGAACUUUGCUUCAGGAUGAGAACAGAAAUUGUGCUCUGGUGGUGCGGCGGCAGCAGGAGGCCCCAUUAGCUAAAGUGGUGCUUCAGGUUAAGAACAGUUUCAGGUUAAGUACGGCCCUCCGGAACGAAUUAAGUACUUAACCCGAGGUACCACUGUAUAUAUCACCAGGAGAAAACGUUUGUCUUCGGCCAGGCCUUUGACCGAUUGACAUCUUUUACCCCUUUUUAAAUGGGGGAGGGGGAGUUCAUUGGUUUGGGGGGUGUUUUUCUGUUCUUGUUUUUAUUACAUAUUUUGUGUUUUUUUAAUCUUGUAUUUUUAUUCUGCGAUAUACAGAUGAAGGGCAAUAUACAAAUUUAAUAAAUCACAGUACAGUGGUACCUCAGGUUAAGAACAUAGUUCGUUCUGGAGGUCCGUUCUGAACCUGAAACUGUUCUUAACCUGAGGUACCACUUUAGCUAAUGGGGCCUCCCACUACUGCCACGCGAUUUCUGUUCUCAUAUUGAAGCAAAGUUCUUAACCCAAGGUACUAUUUCUGGGCUAGCAGAGUCUGUAACCUGAAGUGUCUGUAACCUGAAGUGUCUGUAACCUGAGGUACCACUGUACAGUGUGGUACUUUAGUUCCUUGGUACUCAAACAACUUGGAACCCAAACAUUGCAAACCCAGAAGUGUUCUGGUUUGCAAACUUUUUUUCAGAAGCCGAACAUACUCUGGUUUGAAUGCCACACUUCCAUUUUGAGUGUUACACUGUGGUCUGUCUGUUUUUGCUAUUUAUUUUGCAUUUUUGUUUUUGUAGCUCUUUUGUUUUUUUGUGACUGUGUGGAACCCAGUUCAGCUACUGAUUGAUUGAUUGAUUGAUUGAUUAUGUGACCACAGUACAUGGUUUAUUGCUUUCAUUUUAUGGAUCAGUGGUCUCGUUAGAUAGUAAAAUUCAUGUUCUAUUGCUGUUUUAGGGGUUGUUUUUUAAAAAGUCUGGAACGGAUUAAUCCGUUUUGCAUUACUUUCUAUGGGAAAGUGCGCCUUGGUUUUGGAACGCUGAUGUGUUAACCUGUGUACAUUGCUUCUGUAUAUAUGCAGUAAAGUCCUUCCAAUCUUCCUUAAAUUCGUUGUCAUCUCUUCCUCUUCGUUUCAUUGUCAAUUUUGCCAAUAAUAAAUUAUUAUUAUUAUUAUUAUUAUUGCUUUUUCUCCGCAGUGUUCCCAACUCGUGCCCGGCCAGUCCGCGUGGCGCUGGCUCCUCAGGAUACCGCUUCGCACAGAAUAUUACCUCGGACCUGCAGCUGGUGGCGGAAUAUGCGGCCAAGGCAACGUCUGAGCAGCAGGCGGAUGCAUCUGGCGGAGACAGCCCAAAGGUACCACGAAACCUUCCCCUCUUCUUCUGCAUCCUUGCAAAGGCCAGGGAGCCCGGCGUUCCAUUAAUCACUGCUAACGGCGGCAGCUCAGCUGUCACUUCCUCCCCUCUAGGGCCGCGACGGGGUGGGCUCCCCGGUUCCGGUACCAGACAGUUGAGUAAAUUGUAGAUGCAUUCCUGCCGAAGGAUUCCCCUCGAUGGUCGAGCGAGAGCUGCUUCUUCCUGUCCAGCCAGGCAGGUUGGCGUAACGUUGCAUACAAGGCCUCUCUCUCUCUCUCGAGGGGGUCUUGCAAAAGCUGCAAGGGUGUUCGACUCGAUGGCGCUCUCAGCUUUUCUCCUUUGCUGGUUGAAACCAUCGCUCUUAAAUAAGAUAAAAGUUGGAAUUGCAAUACAGUCAUACCUCAUGUUACGUUUGCUUCAGGUUGAGCGUUUUCAGGUUACGUCCCGCGGCAACCCGGAAGUACCGGAAAGGGUUACUUCCGGGUUUUGCCGCAUGCGCAGAUGCGCAAAAUGACGUGCAGAAACGGCAAAUUGUGACACGCGCAGACGUGGGUUGUGUUCUGUUCAUGUUGCGAAGGGGCCUCCGGAACGGAUCCCGUUCGCAGCCAGUGUACAGUGGUACUUUGGUUCUCAAAUGGCUUGGGUCCCGGACAAAUUGGCUCCCAGACACUGCAAACCCGGAAGUAAGUGUUCCGGUUUGCGAGCAUUUUUCGGAAGCCGACCGUCUGACGCGGCUUGUGAUUGAGUGCAGGAAGCUCCUGCAGCAAAUCAGAAGCCACGCCUUGGUUUUCGAACGGUUUCGGGAGUCAAAUGGACUCCUGGAACAGAUAAAGUUCGAGAACUAAGGUACCACUGUAUCUUGAAUGCACCGCAUCAGGAAAAGACAAGAAGAAAGCAGUUUUUAUAAGCAGAAGCGCAAUGUCAUAGAACUUCAGAGUUCGAGGGGCCCCCAAGGGCAGGAAUCGCAACUCAAGCAUCCACGACAGGCGGUCAUUCAACAUCUGCUUAAAGGCUUGCUUAAAGGUUUUUUAAAAACAGGUUCAAAUCUCUGCUGGUUGAAAUAUCAGAGGUUGCCUCUGUAAGAGGCGUUACAAGAGGCAUCAGCACAAGAAUUUCUCUCCAACAUGUGAUCAAAGCUCCACCUGGUCCAGUAUCAAUGCCUUUGGGAAGCCUGCAAACAGGACACGACCCACCCCUGUUGCUUUAAUCGUGAGAAGACUUUAUGCAAUUAAAAAAGCAAAACAGCUUCUCCAGUGCCUGUUGGGUCACGUGGAGGAAUCACGAUUUGGCCUUAGAAGCAGCGAUAUGGGGGAUUUUCCACUGCGAAACUUUCAUUGGGUGGGGGGUGGGACACAGAAGGGUGGUUUGCUUUUGACUUGGGACGCAUCUGCCUUGGCAGCUGCCGUUGUGCUCAGCAAAAUCUCCCCCAAACAGUUAAUGAGCUGCUGGGCCGCCAAAAACUCCCUUGCGUCAUUGCAAAAAUUUGAAGACACUAGCAGGAUUGAAGUAAAUCCUACAAUGAGGAUAUAUAGUAAAGAGUUAAAUUGUGCGAUUGGAUUUGAUAUGUGAUACCUGUUGAAGGGAAGGAAGGAAGUCGUAAGCUUGGCAGAGCAAAAAGGGGUUUUUUGUGCUUCUUUUUGUAAUGUUGGAAAUGUUGUUUAAAGGAAAACAGUAAAAAGUUAUAUAAAGCACACAAAAAACCUCCCUUGCGCGCCUGUCUUUUGUGCCACCCACCUGCAGGAUGAGUCCAAGCCUCCGUACUCCUACGCCCAGCUGAUUGUCCAAGCUAUCUCGUCGGCCCAGGACCGGCAGUUAACACUAAGUGGCAUCUAUGCCCACAUCACCAAGCAUUACCCGUAUUACAGGACGGCGGAUAAAGGCUGGCAGGUGAGCAAGGGCCUUGCCGGGGGGGGGGCGUCCUGCGGAGGUGGAGCUCUCGGUCUCGCUCAAAACAAAAUUAAAUCCACCACUUGGCUUUGCGGUCGUCAUCCUCCUGCCUCUUUCUCCCCACAGAAUUCCAUUCGGCACAACCUUUCCUUGAACCGCUAUUUUAUUAAAGUCCCGCGUUCCCAGGAGGAGCCUGGGAAGGGCUCGUUCUGGAGGAUAGAUCCCCCCUCCGAAGGCAAACUGGUGGAGCAGGCCUUCCGGAAAAGGAGGCAGAGGGGGGUUUCCUGCUUCCGAACCCCCUUUGGGCCUCUCUCAUCCCGGUAAGUUGUUUUUGUUCUCAUUGUUGUUGUAGUUUAUAUCCCAUCUUUUCCUGACACAGGGACUCAAGGUAGCACCAACUCCUGGCAUGCGCUUCCCACUGGCAGCCUGCCAACAUGCCAGAUUUGGCAAGGCUGAAAGGGGCAGCAUACAUCUUAUCCACUCAGUCAAGCUUUUGAUUAACCAUCUAAAUAACUAUAGGGGGGAUUUUCCAAGUCAAACCCAUUUUGCUGUGGGUGGCACUAAUCAGCAAGCUAUUGGGGAGGGAGAUAAGGGACGCUAGCAAUAAAGGAGGCUGCCUGGGAGGGGGGAGGUAAAGACAGUGAACUUGCAAGGAGAGGAGACAGGAAAACUAAAGGAAUGAGGAGAGAAGUUAGAAGAAAAGGAGGAGCAAAAAACUGCUCCAGCUAAGGAAAAGACACUAAGGCAAACAAGAGGGAAGGGAGUGUUGAAAGGAAGCAGCAGAUUGGCAAGCAAUCAGGGAGGGAGAUAAGGGACGCUAGAGAGAAAGGAGGCUUCCUCAGGAUUUUUGCAUUGGGUCACCCCAAAUUCACCAUCAGAUCACAUAGCAUGUCGAUGGCUACAGCAUGCACCAAAAAACACACACAUCCGCUGUUUCGUGGGGCCCCAGUGGUGCAAAAAUGUGGUUACAAAGCACGGAUCCACAUGGAUUCUCAGGAUUUUUGCAUUGGGCUACCCCAAACUCACCUGUCAAAUCACAUGUCUGUGGCCACAGCAUAAACCACAAAAAUCACACAUCCACUGUUUUAUUCAGAAUUUUUUUCCCUUGUUUUCCUCCUCUAAAAACUAGGUGCGUCUUAUGGAGCGAGAAAUACAAUACCUCCUAAAAACAAGUCAGGAUCAAAUUAAAAUCUAAUUAGAUGACUUUCCGUAGGAUUAGGGUUGGGAACAGUAAAUGCUUAUCAGGCCCAGCUGUUUGUAAAGUAAAUGGGCGAGGUUCUCCAGGGUUGGGGGCAUGUGGCUGCUCUGUGCUGUGAUUCUGGCUGCAUGAUUCACACGGUCACCAGAUCCACACAAAUGAAGGAAAAUCCGGCGAGUCCCGUCCAGUCCAGCGGCUGGCUCUCCUAGUGCCCAACUAGGAGCCUUAGCCGAGCCUCCUGCUGCCCUCGCCUUUGGCUCACUGCCUCCUUGCCUUCCAGGAGUGCCCCUGCGUCUCCGACUCACCCUGGCCUGCUGUCGCCCCACACCAGUGGCCUACAGACCCCAGAGUGCCUGUCCAGGGAGGGGUCACCCAUUCCGCACGACCACGACUUCGGCUCAAAACUAGCCUCUGUCCCAGAGUAUCGGUAUUCGCAGAGCGCCCCUGGUGAGUAAAUUGUGGCAUUUCUUUGCGGGAGAGAAGGAAUUACAUUAUUUGGUGUGGCAGCAGCUGCCCUUGGGAACUCCCUGCCUAUUGAGCUCACGCAGGCGCCUUCUUUGUAUAGGCAACCCAAGAUUUGCAUGGGGAGCGGGGUGUUUCUGGUCCUUGCAUGCAUAAGCCCACCCUCUUCUGAGUCCAAAACGAUCCGCACGUCAAUUGGAAGCGUGCAAAAUGGUCACAGCUCGUACUCUUUUUGGCGCCUGCUAGAAUCAUUUUGGUGCAGAGCUACACAGAAUGUUGGUGUAUAUUUUAAUCUUUCAGCCCACUGCUGAUUUUUUAAAAAGUUUUAAAUAUUUGGGGUUUGGGGGGUUAUAAUAUUUUUUAUUGGUUUUUACAAGAACAAAUUCAAAAUAAUAAAGGGGGGAAACUUUUACCACAUCCAUAUAUGAGAUUCUCUGAAUCUCAUGAUUUCAUUCCAUGAAAAAUUCAUUCCGUGGAGGCUGCGAUCCAACGGCAGCCAAAGGAACUUUGUUUUGGAGUAACACCAGUGCUUUUUUUCUGUGGAGACACAAGGAGACGCACCCCCCUACGCAUUUUGUGGAUCUAACAGGAAAAGAAAUCCAUUGUAUUUAUUUCCCCCCGAUUUGAACUGUAUUUAUUUUCUCCCCGGUGGUGAUUUUCUUGAGACAAAAUGAGAGUAUCCCUAAACAUUUUUUUUUAAGAAAAAAAAAGCACUGAGUUAUACCAUAAAAUUAUAUAUCAACGGAAAGAUAAUUUAAUGAAGAAUGUAAUGCAAUAACUUUUAUGAAGGAUUAUUUAUUACAACAGCAGUCAUAAAGAAGAAACGUGAAACACACAGGAAAAAUGAGAUAUACAGGUUAAGUUGCCAUGUUGGCACUUGGCGAUAAAUAAGUGGGUUUUGGGUUGCGGUUUGGGCACUCGGUCUGUAAUGAAGGUUUGCCAUCGCUGUCUCAGAGUCAUUGAGCCGCAGCGGACAGGAGUUGGAGCCCAGCAGCCUCCCUGCUUUGCCUGAGCGCUGGUGUUCUUGGGGUCGAAUUUCCAAUUUCCCUUUUCUUUCCAGGCUCGCCCGUGAGUGCCCAGCCGGUGAUCAUGGCCCUCCCUCCCCGGCCCUCGGCCCUCGUGGCCAAGCCGGUGGCCUACAUGCCAGCCUCCAUUGUGACCUCUCAGCAGCCUUCGGGGCACGCCAUCCACGUCGUCCAGCAGGCCCCCACGGUCACCAUGGUCAGGGUGGUCACCACCUCAGCCAGCUCGGCCAAUGGGUACAUACUGACCAACCAAGUGCCGGCCGCGGGCGCCCACGAAGCAGCAGGAGCCGUCUUGGACCUGGCUGGGGAGACCAGAGGUAGCGUAGCACUCCUGACGGGAUGUGGGUUCCCCACGGGGAACGCUUUUGCCUAUCCUUUUGCAAACUGCUUUAGUAAACUCACAGAAAAACCCAGGGAGAUUCAGCUGAUACCUUCAUUAUACGCCUUUAGGUGCCAGGUGAAAACGUUCCUGUUUAGCCAGGCCUUUGGCUGGUUGGCAUCCGUUGCCCUUUUAAAAUUAAUCAAGUGCCCAGUCCAUCUGUCGGCCAUUUAAAUCUUGGAACAAGGCUGCCCUCGAGUUCUUGCAGAUUAGGCAAACCAGUUAGGAGUGGGGUACAUCUUCAAGCAUGUGGGCAAACUCUCUUCAUAAGGGAUUUAACAAUAGCAUCCUUCAAUUGUAUCAUAUGGACUGGAGACACAGAGCUGUAGAGGCUUUGCUCCGUUUGACAUUUGCACUACAAAUCAUCACUAAUAAUAAUAAUAAUAAUAAUAAUAAUUUCAUUUAUCUACCACUUAUAUGCCAAAGUGUUUUCUAGGUGGUUUACAACUGUAAAUAGGACACGGAUGGCGCUGUGGUCUAAACCACUGAGCAUCUUGGGCCUGCCGAUCGGAAGGUCGGCGGUUCGAAUCCCCGCAGCAGGGUGAGCUCCCGUUGCUCUGUCCCAGCUCCUGCCAACCUAGCAGUUCGAAAGCAUGCUAGUGCAAGUAGAUAAAUAGGUACCACUCUGGCAGGAAGGUAAACGGCGUUUCCGUGCACUCUGGUUUCUGUCAUGGUGUCCCGGUGCACCAGAAACAGUUUAGUCCUGCUGACCACAUGACCAGGAAAGCUGUCUGUGGACAAACGCCGGCUCCCUCGGUCUGAAAGCGAGAUGAGCGCCACAACCCCAUAGUCACCUUUGACUGGACUUAACCGUCCAGCAGUUUUUUUACUUUUUUAUUUUUACUUUUACCUUUUUACUUUUUUUACAACUGUAAAAUCAGUCCGUUAUUAAUAUGCACAAUAGCAUUGAGACCUCCUUAAUUAAAAGAAAGAAGCAUAAGUUAAAACAAUCGGAUCAGAAGUUCAUUUCAAGGAAACCCUGGCCUGGACUGGUGUGUCUUCUGACAUCUGCCUCUCGUAUUUCAGCAGGGAGACCCUGGUAUUUAAUACAGAAUAAAUCGGAUGAAUAAUUAACCAAAGGCAAAACUGCAGAGCUGUAAAUCCAGUCAUCUCAAAGCAAUAUUACAUCACAUAAAUUUAGUUGUCCAAAUAACUCUCUGUUGUCCUGAGCAUCUAUGUGAUUUUGCUGCUGCUCUGACAGAUAGCCCAAAGUCAGGCCUUUCUGUCUCCGCGGAGGCUAAGAAAGCAAGUAAAUAAAUAAGAUGUCCUCUGGAAUCAAUCAGCGUUCAUUUCACUUGAACUCGGAAAGGAGAACUUUUACUGCAGCUCACUUUGAGAGAUGGGGGUGCGAGGCAUGCCCUCUGUCUCUCCGUUCCCUGCAGAGGCACUGGUGGAAAUUGCAGGCGUUACUGAAAAUAAUAUUUCCGUACCGCUCAUCCAGAGGAAGGGAGUAAGAAGCGAAACAGGGCGGAGGAAACAGGUCCCCGAGGCUGCAUGGGCAAUAAACAGGGACAAUUCAGCUCAAUUCUCUGACUCUGCCCAGAAUGAACAGCCAGGUCGACAAUUGAAUCUUUCUUUCUUUUGCAGGGAUGGAUGAGAAGCCAACCAUUGCGUUUGCUGCAAUCCCCACUGCCAGUCGAGUUAUUCAAACCGUGGCCAGUCAGAUGGGCCAGGGGGUCCCAGGGCAAACAGUCACCAUCCUCCAGCAAGCAGCGCCCAUGACCAUUGGGCAACACCAGCUCCCCGUCCGGGCAGUGACGCAGAACGGGAAGCAUGCCGUGCCCACCAACAGCCUGUCUGGCAGCGCUUACGGUAGGCCAUCCCUCCCUCUUCUCUCCAUUGCCCUGGUACCCCUGGGGUUCCCAGGACGAACCCCGUUGUCCGUGGCAUCUGUCUUCAGGCCCCAAGGUCUGGGCUGCCCCCUUCAGCCACAGAAGUGAUACAGUGGUGCCCCGCAAGACGAAUGCCUCGCAAGACGGAAAACCCGCUAGACGAAAGGGUUUUCCGUUUUUCGAUGCGCUUCGCAGGACGAAUUUCCCUAUGGGCUUGCUUCGCAAGACGAAAAUGUCUUGCGAGUCUUGAGAUUUUUUUCGCUUUCCCCCCCCCUUUUUCUAAGCCGCUAAGCCGCUAAUAGCCUUUUAGCCGCUAAGCAGCUAAGCCUUUAAUAGCCGCUAAUAGCGCUAAUCCGCUAAGCCGCUAAUAGGGUUGCUUCGCAAGACGAAAAACCGCUAGACGAAGAGACUCGUGGAACGGAUUAAUUUCGUCUUGUGAGGCACCGCUGUACUGGGAGGAGUGCCUCUUCCUGUCUCAUCCUGCCUGCUCCUGAGAUUGGCAGGAGAAGCUCCACCGGAGGACCUACACAAGCCUCUUGGGACAGGGCCUUUUCUGCUGCGGCACCCCGGCUCUGGAAACGCCACAGCAUAUCGCCUCCGGCAGUUGAGGCAGAGCAUAGCCUUUGUGGCUAGCAGCCAUCGAUAGCCCUCCCCUCUUCAAUGAAUUAGCCCAGUUCUGUUUUAAAGCCAUCCAGGUUGGUGGCUGUCCCUGCGGAAGUGAGUUCCAGAGAUUUAACUAUGUGUUGCCUGAAGAAGUGCUUUCUUUUCUAUGCCCUGAAUCUCCCAACCUUCAGCUCCAUUGGAUUUCCACGAGUUCUAGUUUUAGGAGAGAGGGAGGAAAGCAUUUCUCUGUCCACUUUCUGCACGCCCCGAAUAAUUUUAAAAACUUCCAUCAUGUCUCUCCUCUUACUUGCCUUUUUUAAGAAACCGCAGCCUUUCCCAGCCCAUCAAUCUCCUUUUUGAGGCAAGGCGACCAAAACUGGACACAGUACUGCAAAUGCGGUCGACCCAUAGAUUUUUGGAACCGCAUAAUGAUCCUAGCAGUUUUCUUCCAGUAACCAACACUGCGCCAACAUCGUCCUUAGCUCUCCAUUAUGCCCCCUUGGCCUCAUUCCUGGUUGCCCGCCUGCAGUCCAGACCCCACGGGAAUAUAUGCAACAUUAAGAUCCUUUUCCUUGACGUGCCCCCAUCGAUUUGCGCACACUUACAUGGAAUUGCAUAUCCCAUUUUACCUCCCAUUUGCUCAGUUUGGAGAGGACCCUUUGGAAAUCUCCGUAAUGACCCUUAACAAUUUGUGUCACGGUGAUUGGUUUUAGGGUCCCCCCCCCCAAGUGCCACUUCGGCUUAGCGCAAGGGUUAAAAUUAAUAAUAAUAAUAAUCUAUUAUUUAUACCACAUCCAUCUCGCCGGGUUUCCCCAGCCACUCUGGGCGGCUUCCAGCAAAAUAUUGAAAUACAAUAAUUCAUCAAAUGUUAAAAGCUUCCCUAAACAGGGCUGCCUUCAGAUGUCUUCUAAAAGUCAGAUACAGUAGAACCUUGACUUACCACCACCCCUACUCGCAAACAAUUCGACUUGUGACUGCGGCAAACCCAGAGGUAAAUACUGGGUUUGCCGCGAUUUGCAUACGCACAGAAGCGGCUGCCGCCGUCUGCACAUGCGCAGAAUGGCGCUGCCGCUGAAUGAACACACGCAGAACGGCACUUCGUUCCACUGUAGUUGUUUAUUUCCUUGACAUCUGAUGGGAGGGCGUUCCACAGGGCGGGCGCCACUACCGAGAAGGCCCUCUGCCUGGUUCCCUGUAACUUGGCUUCUUGCAGGGAGGGAACUGCCAGAAGGCCCUCGGAGCUGGACCUCAGUGUCCGGGCAGAACGAUGGGGAUGGAGACGCUCCUUCAGAUAUACUGGACCGAGGCCGUUUAGGGCUUUCAAGGUCAGCACCAACAUUUUGAAUUGUGCUCGGAAACGUACUGGGAGCCAAUGUAGGUCUUUCAGGACCGGUGUUAUGUGGUCUCGGCGGCCGCUCCCAAUCACCAGUCUAGCUGCCGCAUUCUGGAUCAGUUGUCGUUUCUGGGUCACCUUCAAAGGUAGCCCCACGUAAAGCGCAUGGCAGUAGUCCAAGCGGGAGAUAACCAGAGCAUGCACCACUCUGGCGAGACAGUCUGCGGGCAGGUAGGGUCUCAGCCUGGUGGGCUUGUGGUUCCGGCGUGUGUUUCUGUCCUUGUGGUGUUGCAGUUUUCCAAGCAAGAGGAAAGCUGGCUAAUUCAUAUUUUCGCCUCCGCCGCACAACGUGUGUUGGUAGCAAGAUUUAAAAAAGCAAAACCUGCCAACAGCCCCUCUGCUGUCCAACGAGGCCUGAUGGAAGCGUCGGGCACCAGGUAAUUGCUCAUUGUGCUCAAAGCCCUUAAACAAUCACCUGGAAUUGCCUGGAAUUACUUCAGCGAGCCGAAGGUGGUGAUUAGCAAAUCUCCAUCGAGAAGCACCCAUUCCGCCGCAAGAGGGGAGGUGAAGAUUAAAGAGACUGUUUCUCUUCCCUUUUGCUCCACUGAGAACUUAAUUCCCCUCUUGACGAUGAAAUCCUAACAGCCUUCGCCCAGAAGUGGGCCCCGCUUAUUUUAACACCACUUGCCGGCAGAUAAGUAUUGUUAAUUACAUUGGUGUUCGCUUACCUGUGCCGUGGGAUUGCGUUCUCUCAGGGCUUUAAUUCUGCUCAUCAGGAUGAGUCCCUGUUCUCAUAGGGCACCUUUUUUUCAAGAAAUUGGUUUGGUAGAGCCUUUUUGGUGGUAGCUCCACAUUUUUGCUGCCCAAGGGAAGAACCUUAGGGCGAAGAGCGGGUAAUAAUACUAAUAAUAACAAUAAAUUAUGUUCUUGGGGGACGAGGUAGGCUGGUGUGGAGGACUCCCUGGUCCUCAGUGGGGUAACUGUGUCCCUGAAGCACCAGUCCCUGAAGCACCACGCCUGGGAGUCAUUUUGGACUCACAGCUGUCCAUGGAGGUGCAGGUCAAUCCUGUGUCCAGGGCAGAUGUCUACCAGCUCCAUCUGGUGCGCAGGAUGAGACCCUACCUGCCCGCGGACUGUCUUGCCAGAGUGGUGCAUGCUCUAGUUAUCCCCACUUGGACUACUGCAAUGCGCUCUAUGUGGGGCUACCUUUGAAGGUGACCCAGAAACUACAACUAAUCCAGAAUGCGGCAGCUAGACUGGUGACUGGGAGCAGCCACCGAAACCACACAUCACCAGUCCUUAAAGACCUACACUGGCUCCCAGUAGGUUUCUGAGCACAAUUCAAAGUGUUGGUGCUGACCUUGAAAGCCCUAAACGGCCUCGGUCCAGUGUACCUGAAGGAGCGUCUCCACCUGCAUCGUUCUGCCCGGACACUGAGGUCCAGCGCCGAGGGCCUUCUGGCGGUUCCCUCCCUGUGAGAAGCCAAGUUACAGGGAACCUGGCAAAGGGCCUUCUUGGUAGUGGCGCCCGCCCUGUGAAACAACCUCCCAUCAGAUGUCAGAGAGUACAACUACCUGACAUUUAGAAGACAUCUGAAGGCAGUCCUGUUCAGGGAAGUUUUCAAUUUGUGACAUUUUAAUGUAUUUUAAAUCUUUGUUGGAAGCCGCCCAGAGUGGCUGGGGAAACCCAGCCAGAUGGGCGGGGUACAAAUAACAAAUUAUUAUUAUUAUUAUUAUUAUUAUUGUUGUUGUUGGGCGGGGUACAAAUAACAAAUUAUUAUUAUUAUUGUUGUUGUUGUUGUUGUUAAAUAAUAAUUAAAUAUUGACUUAAUGCAAGGGUUGGAUGAACGAUCCAUAUGGAUAACUAUGGAUUAGCGUCGGUUAACACAGUGCUCUUUUUCUAGAAAAAGAGGUGCCAGAACUCAACAUGAACGCCUCUCUUUUUCUCUUAUAGUGGAAAUGGCGCCCACUGAGUUCCAGCUGGAAAAAAAAGCCCUGGGUUAACACUUCUUUUGCUUUGUGUUCGUGUACUUAAGCUUGAAUUGUUUUGGGGGGAACGUGUUUGUUUGUUUAUAAUACUAAAUUCUGCGUGUGCCAAAUUGUUGGUUUUUUGUUGAAUUUACUGGAGCGCUCUGUGUGUUUGGCUUGCAAUUGUAUUUCCAACGCUCUCUGUUUUUUGAUGGUUCAAGUAUCGGUUGCCAGCCCCUUUGGGGGACAGCUGGCUCACUGUGGAAAAGCGGCGUCCAAGAUGAGAAAGCGAUAGAAGAAACAACUGCAAUAUGUAGAGAUAGUUCUUUUUUUUAAAAAAAUAUUUUUUAUUGAGUUUUACAUUUUCAUCUUCAUCACAAUAAUAUGUCUAAUACAAAGAAAAAUACUGACACCCCCCCCCCCCCCGGCGACUUCCCUCAACUUCAUCUGGUUGUUUAACAUACUGAUUUUUCCUGCUUGUUUUGUUAUACCUUGAUACUGCAUUCUCUAAAUUAAAUACUUGUUUAUUUAUCUAUCUAUCUAUCUAUCUAUCCAUUCAUUCAUUUAUUCAUACAUACCCCGCCCAUCUGACUGGGUUUCCCCAGCCACUCUGGGCGACUUCCAACAGAAUAUUAAAAUACAAUAACCUAUUUAACAGGGCUGCCUUAUUACGUUCUUAUCAUUCUAACACUCUGUUUAUGAUUUCUAUUUUGUUUUGUUAAUUGUAAGUGUUUAGUCAAGCCCUGCUAGUGAGUCCAUUUCUUUACAGUAUUUCCGCAGCUACAACAUAAAUGGUUACCAGUCUUUUUUAAAGUCUCUAUUGUCCUUAUCUCUGAGUCUUCCGGUUUGCUUCCCCAUUUCAGCAUAUUCCAUCAGUUUUUCUUGCCAUUCUUCUGUAGUUGGUAUCUUGUCACUUCUCCAUUUGGGGGCUAGCAGUAUCCUAGCUGCAGUUGUGGCGUACAUAAAAAGUUUCUUCUUCUUUUGGCAAGUCUUUGACCUGUAACGCCUAGUAAAAAAAGGGGGGCUUCUGGACUUAUAACAAAAGUUAUCUUAAACCAGGCAUGUUCAAUGUUCGUUUUGGGGGCCUAAUCCAGCCCGCCGGCCGGUUGAAUCCACCCCCUGCGGCAGUUUAUUUCCCAGGGUAAAAUCCUAAAAAAACCUCACCGACUUCAAUCGUAUAGAAAGGUCAACAACUUUUUUUAUUACACAACAUAACAUAAACCCCCCACCCCCAAUACAGAAAUCCACCCUCAUUAAACGUGAACAUAACAUACAAUGAGCAUAACAUACAACAAUACAAGCAACCAAAUACUGUAAAAGACUUCCUUUAUCCUGUAUCUGGUCUCCUUAUUUACUUCUUAUAAGCUGUUUCCUUUCUGAAUAAUAAGAUUUUUCUAACUUAAAUAUCCACAAAGUCUCCUGCAGAUAUUAAUCGAAACAAGUCCAGGUAUGUAUUUUAGGGCACUGUUUUGUGAAGUAUUCUCUGCAUUUCCUCCAUGCUUUUUGAAAUUCUUAACUAGUGUGAUCUCUAAUUGCCUCUGUUAAUCUAGCAAGUUCAAUAUACUCUAACAGUUUGUCUUGCCAUUCCUUUUUUGUUGGCACAAUUUCUUUUUUCCACUUUUUAGCAAUUAGGAUCCUUGCCGCUCAUGUGGCAUAGAGGAAUAUUUUCUAAAAAGGUCAACAACUUCAACCCUUUGGACGGCUCUCACGUCCCUUCACUUCAUCAAAUCUGGCCCUCUUUGAAAAAAGUUUGGACACCACUGUUUAAACAUUAUUUUCAUUUCAUUAUAAAUCAUUUCACAAUAAUUUUUAGUUAUUUUGCAGUUCCCUGAAGAGGUGGUUCUAAAUGCGUCUUGUGCGUUUACAAAACCGGCAUCGGCGAGGCUAACGCUCUUUAACUUUUUUUCUCUCUCUCUCUCUCCCUCCCCCUCUCUUUCCUCCUCCUCCUCCUUUUUUUUUCUUUUCAAUUUGCAUUUUAUUUAUUUGUUAACGUUCUUAUAUUACAUCGGUAAACGUUGUCAUAUUACAUUACAGGACUUACUAUAAUAUAAUUUCCAACAUGUAUACAAAAAUUAUAUACAAAUUUUAUAUACCUAGAAAGAAAAUGAAACAAAAAAAAGGAAAGAACAAAGAGAAAAAACAAAAACAAUUUCCCCCCAAAAUCAUAUGCAUACCAACACACUAGACUUCCUGUCUAUCCCGUUGUAUAUUCCUUUUUUUACAAAUGAAUGUACUGUAUUUUUCGCUCCAUAAGACACACUUUUUCCCUCCUAAAAAGUAAGGGGAAAUGUGUGUGCAUCUUAUGGGGCGAAUGCGGGCGGGAGGCUCUGCUCAGCGCUCCCUUUAAAGAGCCGUGUGGAGCGUGUGUGCAGCUCUUGGGGGCUUUUCCCCGAGGAGGGAAAAGGGACUGACGGGCUGCUCUCUGUCCCUUCCCACACCUCCCGGAAAAGCUGCCAGGCUCUGUUCAGCGCUGCCUUGUAAGGGCUCCCUUUCGUCCCUCAUCCUGCUUUGCUGGGAAGCCAGCAGAAGAGGCGCUGCGCAGCUAUCGCUCUUGCUCUGCUGGCUUCUCAGCGAAGCGGGAAGAGGGACGGAAGGGUUUAAAGCAAGAAAAGUGAGAGCCGCUUACAUGCUCUGCACAGAAUAUUUUUUUUCUUGCUUUCCCUCUAAAAACUUGGUGCGUCUUAUGGUCAGGUGCGUCUUAUGGAGAGAAAAAUACGGUACUCUUAUUAUUAUAUAUUUCUUUGCCUUUUAUCUAAUACAUUCCUCUCUUUCCUCCUCCAGCCCUCACAAAUCCACUGCAGCUGCUGGCUGCCCAGGCCAGUUCCUCCACUCCGGCCGUGGUCAGCCAGGCGGCGGAGGCUGCGACGAAAGAGGACCCUCCUGGCGAGCCGGAGGUCAAGAGGCCUCGGGUGGAGGAGCUGAGGGGGGCAGCAGCGGCCCCCUUGCAGACGGGCAGCGUCAUCACUUCCACGGCUCCACAAGGACAGGCGGCCAGCGAAUAA